AGAGAGGCUGAGGGUUUACACAUUGAAUUUGAGGAAAUUUAACUUUGAUUUUGCUUUUAUAAGGACAAUUUUAUUUCUGGACUUUCAGGACUUUUCAUUUGUUUUUUUUAUCAAUGGAUUUAUUCACCUGCAGGUGUGGCAGAGGAGAAGUCUGAACCUGAGUCCUGAAAAGCAAAGCAGAAGAAGAGGAAAGGAGGACCUUACAUCUAAAAGAGGAGGAGGAAAAUAAAGUAAACAAAGCCGGCUGAGUUUGGCAGCACAGUCACCUAACGGACGCACACAUCCACAGACCUGCACCAUGCCAGCUGGAGGACAGAGGUUUUCAGACAUGGAGAUGUUAGUAGGGAUGGAGGACAAGCCUGCAGACAACGCCAGAGGCAGAGCAGGGAGCUGUGUGGAGUUUUACAACAUCAAAGUAAGUUUCUUUGCUCUUUUGCUUUUCAUGUGCUUCUUCUUAUGACUUAAGCCUCGGAUUUUAAACAUGCCUGUAGAAAUGGGUGAGUCACAUUUUGCACAGGAAGUCUGAGAAAGUUCGGGAAUUUCACCCAACACUUCACAGGUAUCCACCAGAAUGUGAUUUCCCACUUAUUGCACACACUUGUUGCAUUUCUGAGCCGAAGAACUGUCAAAAUAGGAAUGAAAUAUCAUCGGGCUCAGUCGCAGGAUAUCGACACGUCAUGGAAAACUCAUUAUAUUCCACACAGAACCCUCCCUCUGUGGGAACUGUUAUGAUGCUCACAGUGUGUGACGGUGUGCAUGAGCUGGUGAGUGUGUGACCUUAAACUAUGAGAUCAGUUGGUGUACUGGUAUGUAGCUCAUCAUAGUGGAUGGAGCUCAUGGAUAAAAUGAAGACGUGAACUUUACCACUUUGAAAUCACCUGUUGAUGUCUACCAGUUUGAAGUCCUGAGUUUAACAUUUUGCUGAGACUAUCUUUGAUUUCUGGAAAAGAAAAUUUACACAUUUGGAUGACACUUGGAUCACUUGGAGGCACUGCACAUUUUUGAAAGGGAUAUUUCCAAAAAAGCCAUCUCUAAUGCAGUAUUUCAGAGCCAACAUGUCUAUUGGCCUAAUAAGUUCAUUGAACAUUCACCCAACUAUAUUCGUUAUAAAAUGACUGUUGAUUAUUUGACUAUUCUUAAAUCAGCUGGUUAGAGUUAAAAUGAAAGGUCAUUCUUGCAGAAGGUGUAGUCAGUGCACCAUUUUCUAUGUCUAACUAGAUAAUAACUGCAAAAAUUGAAAUUAGCCAAACUAGAGUACUCCACUCGUCAAUCAAAGUAGCAAAGUCCCGAAUUAGUCUGACUUUUAGUUUGAAAGUGAGUAAAAUGGUUUUGGUAGAAGGAAAAUUAUGUUGAAAGUCAUUCUCAAGGUUGUCAGUACACAGGGAUGCAGUUCACCCGUCCAAAAUCAGCCACCAAUCUUAAAAUUUAUGAUCAAACCAGUACAGUGGUCCUUUAAUUCAUGGCAUGGUUUGUUCAACAUUUAAAAUGUGAAUUGUUUGCGUAGGUGGCUUUUCUAAUUGGGGUUAGUUUGGUUUACAAGCUGAAAGUAAGAAUAACUGAGAAAUCCAUAGUCUUCCUUUAAGAUAUCAAGACUUGUGGACCGAAAGUCUGCUGAUCUGCACACUGUAGAAAAGCGAUUAAGUGCAACAGCAGGAAGAUAAGUCAGAUCAGGUGACAAAAUCACACAGAAAAACCUCGGCUAAGACACGAGCAUUAGUAAGCUGCAGCCCAAGCACGCACUCAUUCUGUUUUAUUAUAACUUGUAUAACUUGCAGCUGGAUCGGAUCGUAAUUAUUGGAAGUGGAAUCGGAUCUGUAUCCGAUCAGGUUGUAACAGAUUGCUGUCGAGGGAAAGUUGCACACCCCUAACAAAUGAUUAAUCAGGGUAAUUUCCUGACAAUUCCAUUUUUGCUGUGCAGUUUGGCAUUUCAACAUGGUGGUCUAUAGGAAUUCACUCACUUUUGAAGUUAACCCCAAGUGGCCACAAAAGGAACUGCAGUUUUAGACUUUAGUUUAAUGACCUUUCAUAGCAGACAAGCUAGGAUAUUAUAUUUACACGCUACUUUAUGAAGCAGAGGUUACAGUGUGGUUAAAAGCAUGAAGUAAACUUAGGAGCAGAGGUUGGAAAACAGUCAAAGACCACUUGAGUGUUGUCUCAUAACCUUGGAGUAUGUGUGUUUUUCAUGCAGAUUCACGCCCCCACAUAGAAGCACCCAUAAAAUCAGUGUUAUUGACGGGAUAAGUUCAACCAUUAUUACAGCCACUUCACUGCGCUUAUGGUAAAGCCAGCAGACCUAAAGAGAUUUGUAUGUGAUUGGAAAGAGCUGAGCUGUUUGAGGAGGGUCUGAGCCAGCUGCCAGAUGCUCAGACUGCCUCAGCGGUGGACGGAGCUGAACCUGCUGUUUUUUUUUUUCUAGUUCUGGAAAAAAAAGCCUUCAAAUCUAUCCUGGUAGAGAGGAAAUGUUAUAUAUGUUUAGGCUUUACUUAAUGCUGCAGGAUUUAUCUGUUGUUUAAAGUUUCUCCCCUGGAGUUUAUGAAACCUGUAAGAACUCAUCUCUGUGAAUCACGGCUACAUAUUUCAAACUCGACAUCUUUACCUUCAUUAUUUGUGCUGCCGUAUGCAUUUUUAUCCCUGUAUGUAACUGUUGCAUGAUAAACAAAUUUUUCCUCCAGAUUUGAAGUGGAACUUUUUUCACUUCAUCUGGUGUGCGUCCUUUUCUGACCCCAGUUCAAGUUUUCUGAUGAAGGUAUUCUGUAAGCAACGGAUGCAUUUGUUUUUUUUGCUGCACUACUUCCAUUUCAGAGUUUAAUUUGGGCAUUUCCAACUUCUCAGAAGGUCCAAAUCUAAGAAAAAUCUUGAGAUGUUUGUAAGUGAAGCCCAGAAUAUCGAAAGGCAGAAUUCCUGCAGCAGUGUGCACUUCGAUACUGGCAGACACGUUUGGAGAAAGUGCAGGAACAUUUUAGCUUGCAAAUACUAUACGUAGAAAUAAGUUCACUAAGUUCAUGGCAGGUUUGUGUGUUUGGUUGUUUUUUCUUCAGGUGCUGUGAUUAGAAGCAGAGAUCAGUGUUUUGGAUACAUGAGGAGGUGUAUUUCUUUAUGUGAAGCUGUUUAUGACCUCUUAAAAGUGUGUCAACAGAAAACAGAGCAGAUGCACUCUUUAUAAAUUGUGUUUGAAACCCUUCAUGACAGUCUGCUCCUUCACUGCGGAAGCUGUUUACUGUCAGGAGGUCAAGGGUGAAUUUUUAAAAAUAGCGUGAUACCUGUUGGAGUCUGCGGCACGUUUUUGGCACGUUUGGAGGAGUUACUUCAGCUCCCUGUGCAGAGGUCUGUUUAUGAUCAGCUCUGGCAGCAGUUUAACAACACAAUUACUUCUAAAGAAGCAGCCGUGCAGUAUUAUUGUAAAGCUAAUCUGAUACAUUUAAAAGAAACACCAGCUAUCCAAAUGUUUCUGUGUUGUCGUCACAUUUACAUUUCUUUAUGUCUUUGCCUCCCCUUGAAUAAACCACCUUUGGCAUUCACCCAAACUGAAUGGAUUACAUACUUUCUACUAGUAAUAUAAAUAUUUAUCAGCUUAUAAAAACCAUAUAUGUCAGACCCCAUAAAGCCUUCUGACCUGAUUUCCUCGACCUCCUCUUCAAAGGAUAAAACAGUAGGUCAUUUAUCUAUAUACAGUAUAUAUAUAUAUAUAUAUAUAUAAUAAUCCUGACAUGACCUACUCUUUAUAAAUUGCCACAGAGCAAAUAGACUGUCAAGGGUCAUGUGCUUGGUGUAAAUGACAUUAACCGCCCUGAAAUCUCGCGGGUGUGUCAGUGUUUUUUUCUCUCUUUCCCUCCUUCUUCUGUCACAUGUGAAAAGCUGUUUAACUUUUUUUUGUAAAUCAAUCAGUGGCUGCUUUUUGUGCACACAUGAUAAAACUUGGUUGUAUGGGAUUACAGAAGCGUGAGUCUGGUGUACAGUAGUAGGAAGUCAGGUGGCAUCACGUGCUGUCGCCCACAGACCGGACAGACUCAGAGGAAUGCUGUUUUUGUGUGGAGUGAGACCGCCGGGCUGGCUCUUUGUUCGAAAGAAGGCUGAGGGGCUGCUGUGGUACGAUACAAAACUCCAAAACUAGAGGCAUUAGUGCCAGUUAACAUACGUUUCAAGUAAGAAUUAAAAAAGGAUGAGACAAAAUUUAAUAAGAGGAAAACAUCACAUUAAAAGUGAGUCUUUAAAAGUGGAUUUUAAGAUGUCUCAACAUUGUUAUUAUUCUAGGCAGGUUGUUUCAAAGUCAUUCAGCCCUGAUGGAGAGGCUGGUUCACCAAAUGUAAACAUUAUCAUGGCAUGCUCUAUAUUUGUUCAGACUUGAUUUUGUAAAAGUUGUAGCCGUAGUUUGAAGGUCAGUUUUGAAAAAAGUAUUUGGUGGGACAACCCCCCCAAACAAGGACACACUAAGAAGAUGAAGAACCAGUUACCAAUGAAGAAAUAUACACACACACACACAAGCACACACAGUACAUGCAUUAAAUCAGUCACGUGUGCACUUUCAUAAAGAGGUUCUUAACCCCUUGGACCCUCAAACACACACACACACAGACACACACUAACACAGGGCUGAAUAUAUACAGAGGCACCAUACAUGCCUAAGUACAUAUACAGUAAGGCUGAUUUGUUAUGAGUUUGGGGCCGUAAUGAUACACCUGCGAAAGCCUGGAGAUAACUUUAAUGAUACACUGAGCGUCAUGCCUGCUGAACUUCAAACUCUGUGUGCUUGUGUGUGUUUGUACAUGUUGUUAGCUAUUACCGAUAUAGCAUCAGACCCCAAGCUCAGACUGUUGAACAUUUAUUCCCCACUACAUCAUACUGUUGUGAAACUUUUAAAAACUUUCCAGACUUUAAAAUGAUAGAGUCCGCAUGAUUUUUACAUUGAAUUAUGAAUGCUGUCCUUUGUUAUCAGAUAAACUGGACCGAUAAGAUCCUUUAUUUAAGAUGACGAUAUAGGGGCGAAGCUUAAACAGCCAAGUCAGUGGUUUCAGUCAUCGGAAGACGCCUUGAAUCUACUAUUGCAGUCAUUUUAAGCAAACUGGGUAAUGUAUUUUUUUUUAUUUAAACAAGAAGAAACAACUGCUCAUACAGCACUCGUUGUCGAGAAAGGUACGUUUAUUCCUUUGCAUGCUGCUAUCUGUUCAUAUUGCUUUGGGCUUCAUCACAUGUUAAUCCGAUUGGAUGUAGGUCUAUACAAUUGCUUCCAGAUGCACUUUCGUAUACAAUUGUUGCAAACCUAUUCACAUAAGUAAAUUGCGGUGAUGCCAGUCUAUUAAGAAGUACCACUGCAUUUGACAAAAAGGAGUAAAAGUUGUCCAAAAGUAAGUGUUGAGUCACACAUGGAUAAGGUAAAGAGAGUGAGCACUACCAAUUAAUACAAAACAGUAGCAUUCAUCUGCAGAUCGGAAGUUUAGUUACUAUUGUGUUUAAUCCUUUAGUGAUGGGUUGACAUCAACAUUUGACAUGAAAGAGACUCUUGGGGAUUAUUGAUUGAUGUUUUUACAGACAUUUAUAGACUUGCAAACUCUGCAGAAUAUGUUGGCACUGUUCAGCAUAGUUUUGGAGCUGCUGUGAGGGGCUGUGAGGACAGCGAGGUGAGUUGUAGCUCUGAGCUGUAUUUGAAUAAAGGGUAUAUUUUGAACAUUGAUAUCAGAAGGACAGGGAAUGAGGGACUGAAGCACACUGUGUGAGACUGAGAUUUAUCGUUGAGUGUUAUCAUCAGAAAAAGUAUGCGCAAAAGUAGUGUUUUCUGAGGACAGAUUUCCCUGUUUCUCAGGCAGUCAACCAAAUCUUUGAUGCCAGAAAUGCAGGAAAAAAAAGUGAUUUGGCUGCACGAUGUAUUUUACCUUGUCUGACCCAGUGGUUACAGAUAAGACAUAUGACUGUGUCAAAACAGUAAAUCGUCUCACUGAUGUAAGUCAUAUGGAGGCAUCAGUAAUCAUUCCAGUCUGUUUUAUAGCAGCUUAAACACCCUACAGGAGCUUGAAAAAGGUUUGAGACUUGUUCUGAAAAAAAUCACAGACUUUGCUCUAAUUGCCCAAAACACGACUUGGUGUUGCAAUGACGUAAAACUUACACAAUCAACCCUUACUCCAGUGACCAAAUUUCCCCUAUCAGAACCAGUAAAUGGCUCAUCAUAUCUGAUCUUAUCUUAUCUUCUCUGGAAAGAUGUGAAAACUUGACUUGCACUUGCCCUCAGGUUGUUGAAACUUGACUUAAACUUUCUUUCACAACACUGAAGACAUCUCAGCUCACAAUUGAGGUGUUCACUCCCUGUGGCCAAAGGCUUGUCUGUUUCCUUAAAAACCUGAGACUUUUAAAAGAUUUUCCCUCACGGGUGGCCGUUCUGGCUCAGCUCAGCAUCUUUACAUGUCAUCCUCAGAGAUUUGCUUCACCAAAAGAGAGUAGGAGUGAGGGAUUCAGUGUCAGGCCACAUUAAGUCUCCUGAGCUUCAGAUGCUGGUCGUGACACGGCAGGUUGUGAAGUCUGAGAAGUCCGGGUGGCGGCAGGAGGUAUUAGGCCAGCUGUAAGAGGGAGGAUUAUGUCCCAGUGACCCCAGGUUCCCAGGUUAGAGAGCAGGAGGUGAAGGAAGAAUGUGGAUCAGGGUAAAGACACAGAAAGAGGGGAGAAAAUGUUUGGUAGGUAAGGAGGGAGGAAAGGACUGGAGAUGAAAGGAAGGAACGACGGGAUACAAAAGAAGGAUAAAGUUUUGAUGAGAUGGCAUUUGGCGGGGUGAACUUUUACAACUUUAGUGAGAGAUGGAGCUCCCUCUGCUGCUGUGUGUACGAAUUAGAGAAAAAUGUGAUAAUUAAACCUAAUACUAUAACUACAACCCAGUCAAUUGCGAGAAAUUAACAUCAAGAUCAGUAGUUUUUUGAGAAGAGAUGUUUGUCACAGACUAGUCAUCAAAAAGAUCAAAUGCCUGGCAUCUAAAGGUUUAUUUUUUUCCAUCAGUAAAAUCAAAUCCAGUCCAUUCCAAUCAAUCAAGUCCAGCCUAGUCCAGUCCAGUCCAGUUCAGUCCAAUCCAAUCCAGUUCAGUCCAUUCCUUUCCAAUCCAAACCAUUUUAACCCAGUUCAGUCAAGUCCUGUCCAGUUCAGUCCAAUUCAAUCCAAUCAAUUUUAACUCAAUCCAAGACGAUACAAUCCAGUUCAGUCCAAUCCAAUCCAACCUAAUCAAAUCCAGUCCAGCACAACCGAACCCAAUUAAAAACUAAAAAGUGAUCCAACCCAAACCACUUUUUUUUCCCCUACGGAGUCUUUCAUGCAAAAAAAGCAUGCAGCCCAAAGUGUUCACAAAAAAGAAAGACAGAAAAUCAAUGAUUAAAGAGAUAUAUAAGAAAAAAGAUAGUAAAAUAUUUUAAUUAAAAAAGAAUCAAUAAUUAACACUGAUAAAAAGUAAAAUGAGAUGUAUAAGUACUCCCAGACGACCAUUUGCUCUGAAUUAUUUAAUGUCAGUUUUUAUCCCUGUUUAAUUAUUAAAAAUCUUGUUUGUCCAAAAAUCCAUACCAGACAGACAGGCCAUAAAGAACUGGAACACCAUUCAAGAUAGAAACUAAAAAACUCACACAUGUAAAAUGAUUAUUUAAAAAAUAACUAUUUUAUAAGCAGUCAUGUUUAUGUUACUGCCGAUUGGUUAACUAGCCAACAAUAUAAUGUUUAGUGGACGGGCGGACACUGGUGCGGCAGUUUGAUUUGUCAUCCUGUAAACUGGUGACUUUUAGCUUGUGUAGUUGUGUGCGCUACACCGACUCUACACUGUUGCUGUGCCACGGUGGCCAACGCUGUGCCUAGCACUAUAUACUUGAGCUCUUUAGUUGUUAUUCUUUAGGUCAAUUGUUAUUUUUCCACCUUUUCCACACAAUAACAGCAUUUUGUUCAGGUUAGGAAAGCAGGGUACCAAUUAAGUAAUUUUCUUUGAUGGUUAUGAUAGAAUGUAAACUCAAAGAAAUCCCUCUCCGUUCAGCGCUUUCAGCAUUUUCUAAACCCGCCUGCACACACUCUCCAGAUUCAAACAGUUGUAAAAAUUCCUGUGAUGAUAAGUGCAGCUUAGAGACUGAGGAGUGUGUGCAUAUGGCCAAACAACAUGUCACUCAAUGUGUUUCUAUGGCAACACCACCAAACACAACAGUUCCCCCAAUCAGGAAGUUGAUCUUUUGAGGGCUCUGUUGUGGAUGAGCUCGUCCUGAUUGUUUCCAGAGCUUUAGAGGAGAUGGAAGAUUAGAGUCAGACUUUUUUCUCUGUUAUUGUAGAGUGUGAGUAAAUGUGUGUGUGUGUGUGUGUGUGUGUGUUCGUUGAGAAUUUGUGUGCACUCUGAAGUCAUCCAUGAAGUUAUUUGGUAAUUAGGUUUGGUUAUUUCAUGGGUUUCUGAGGGUGACCCUGUGUAAAAACAGGCACAGGCCUAUUUCGAUCCCUGCUGUUUGAAGUUUCAACUCAAAUAUACAGAAUUAACAAAGUGUGGGAAACCUGAUAACAUUGUUGGUUUCAGUUAGGCACAAAACAGGAACGUUUCUUUAAAAUUAUGUCCAUGGUAAACUCAGACAAAUACGACAGAAACAUACCCAGAUGAAAAGGUUUUACCGGGGCACAAAGCUUGAGUGAAUGAUGUGACAGAAACAGACAUAAAUUCAAGAAAAUUUCUUAAACCAUUUAUAAACCUAAGAUAAAUUUUAACUAAGAUGAUAUAAAAGGGAAGAAAGACAGUAUUAUGGAUGUUAUAUAUUUUACUAUGAGCAGGAAAUGUGGUGAGACAUAGAAGGAAAAAUGUUUUUUCAAAGGCUGAGGAGAGUUCAGGUCAGUCGCUCGCAGACAACACAGGCGCAGCAGGGUUUUGGAAUCUUCUGAGCAUAUUUCUGUCGCUACAUAAGAGUGCACAGACUUUAAUGUUUGCCCCAUAAACACUGCAAAUUGGACUGAUUUUUAAUGUUUACAAGACAAGCAGCUGCAAACUUCUGUAAAAGGAUCAAGGAUUUAUUCAUACAAAAAUGUUUAAGAGAUGAAGCUGAUUUUCUGUACUAGUUUUGCAUUGAUUACUUGGCGAGUUGGUCAUUGUAUACAAUCCAAUGCUAUCUGAUGUAAUUGGAUAUGAAAUGAUACAAUACAAUAAGGUCUACUUUUUUGUGCUCAGUAAAGAUGCAAUGAGCAUCUUUUCUUUCAGCCUAAUGGCUAAAAACCACAGGAUCUGGAACGGCUGCACUCCGAUCUGGUCCAGAUACGCACAGCUUCAUAUUUUGCCAGAUGCCGCAGCACGGCACAUCAAUUCAGUGCAGCGCAGCACGAGCAGCAGUGGAAGUUGUAUGCAGCUACAGAGUAAAAUAUCUGGUUAAUUUUCAAAAUAAAAUGAAGUCAAUACGUUGAACUGUUCCUAACUUGACAAUAGGAGAGGCCAGGGUUGUGGGAUGUGGGUGUUUAUAUAAACUGCCGCCUAUAUACACUGGUCUCGGUAAUUUCGCAAGUGCUUAUCCUCCGAUGGUGGAGGCAGAUUGGAUCCUGUGGGCGCUGUAUGCUUGCGUAUUUGAUCUGCCUGCCGGUCCGGAGUGGAGCGGAGCUGUUCAGGAUCCAGUGGGAUUCCCGGGUAAUCCCCUAACCUUACCACCGUGCUGCUGUUUGAGCUGUUCAAAUAUUUUUAAUAGAUUUUACACAAAAUGCAAUGAACAAUGUUGCAAAACAAUAAACCAUGUAAUUAUUGCUCAUCCAACAGUAAUGAGACGUGAUAUUUGUCAGUGAGCUUUAAGACAAGAUAAACUGGAUUCAUCCUAUGGUGGGGAAAUUUGCAGUGUUACAGCAGCAAAGGAUUUUAUUCUGAAUAAAUGGAAGUUGGGACAAGCUGGAAGUGAGAAUCUCAUGUUAGUGAUGAAUUAUUGCAGUAUUUAGUAAUGUGCUGUGUUAUCUCUAAAUUGAGUCACUUUUGCGUGGUUGCUGCUCACCUUUUUUGUCUCCACUUUUUGUCACAAUUUUCAAAGCUUGAUGAGGGUUACUCUAGGACAUAAACCUAAAUACAUUUUUCAUCCUCCAUGCACACGGGUACAAGAGCUCAGACAAUCAGCAGUGUGAAGACUAACAUCAGACAAUUCUGAAACCACACAGAGCUUCCUGUCUUGUGUUGGUUUGUCUGCCCCGAUCUUUGUUGUGCCAGCUGAAUCUCAUCUUACUGAAGGUUUCUUUGUCUGAUAAGACCAAUAACCAAUCUGUUUCUUUGAUUUCUAUCAAAAUGUCAGCACGCCAAUGACACCUGAGCCUAAGUCGUCCUGCGCCAUCCCCUGUGCAUGGUGGUUGGCCUGUAUUUUCAGAUAAAUCUUGUGGUUAAUGGUACUGUUAACAGGAAAGCUUGAAGAUUACUGAUUGCUUUUUGCACAGAGGUUCUCUGCAAGAUUGUGGCAUGCAUUGGUUGAAGGGAAAAUAUUAUCUUCAUAUUUAAUCUUUCUCACCCUUAAUUUUUUAUUAUCUCCUCCCCCCAAACAUUUCACAGUUCCCCAGGGCUGUAGCAUCAUGUGUUUUUAUUGAAGGGCAAAUGUGACUCAGUGAAAUGAAACUUAAGCAUGUAUAAAAGUCGAUCAACAGCUAACUGAACCUUAAGAAUAAGUGCUUUAAAUGCUUUUGUCUUUCUUUCUAUCUCUUUUUAUUUAGUUUUGUUAAAGUCUCCCUCUCGUCCAAGUAAUCUAGAAGUCUGUAUUGAAGAAAAAAAAACAAAGAAAAAGACAAGUGGCUCAGUUCAUCAGUUAUUUUUAGUCCUGGGCUCCUUCGAUGCUGCUGUUUCUCCUCCACAGUAGCUGCAGUUCUGCUAUGGCAACACGGGCUCUAAUGACCAAUGUGAAUGCUUACAUUAGUCUCUGAGUGUGUGUGUGUGUGUGUGAGUGUGAGUGUGUGUGUGUGUGUGUGUGUGCUCAAGUGUGUGUAGUUAACUGUGUGUCCCUUUGCCCCUUUAUGGCCAUCUGCCAAGAAAUAAACACAAGUGUCCAUUAGUGUCUGUCAUAUGACCAUCUUCAAAGAUAGAACACGCACUCCUUCAUCAAACACACACACACACACGCAUACUCUGGUUUCACGGCAAAGCUAACUACUCCUAUCUUUGAACUUUUGGUUAAAUUCGAUCCUAUAAUGACUUUACUGUGAAAAAGUAGUGGUUAUGACAACCAUCAGUAUGAAAUGAUAAGUGCAGAGUAACAGAGAUCUUGCAGACUCAAAUAAUCUGCUCCUUCUGUGCAGGUUGGGAUGAAUACAGUUUACAAGAGAAGCAUCAGAUACCCUCAGAAAUGGUCAUUAUGCCUAUCUGUAAAGGUGCAUUUCAAGCAAUUACAAUACACAUCAGAAUCUGCAGAAAAUCUGUGUGGUUAGGGUUUUGUUUAGUAAAUUCUUAUGCCAAAGUUUUUGUCUCUGAUCUUUUUUUAUGACUAAAAUGAGACAAUACCUGAAUAAAAACUGAUGCUCAAAGACAAAAACUACAGCUGAGGCAAAAGUGCAAAACACCUCCACUUUAAUUUGUGUAAAUCAGUAAAUCAGAGAGGACAGCUCACUAGCAAUGCAUUGUGGAAGCAAUUCAAGGCUUGAUUGUCUAAUUAUGGUAAAGUACACAAGUUAAAUUGGUCAGAAAUAAACAUCUGGUACAAACUUAAUACCAAGUUUUGAUUGGUUAAUUAUAUUAAAAAGAGAAAAAAAGAGACACAAAUUUAAGCAGAGCAUUGAACUUGUAUAAACUACCUGCCUCUAGUGUUGGAUUGUAUACAAUGGCCAUUUAUAUUGCAUCCUGCUUCCUAAGAUUUUCAACCAAACUUUUGCACAAAGGUAGACCAUUAUCUGUUCUUUCACCAUGUAAAAGGACGAAAAGUUCAUCAUUCUCUUCAGUUCCAGAAAAGCAUGUGUUUUCCUCCGUUUCAGUAAAGUCGGAUUUGGCGAGGGAACACAAAGUUGAAAAAUGCUGAAAAGCUCAAUCAACCGCUCUCAUUUUUCAUUAUAAAUCCCUGGAUUUACCGGGAUCUUAUUUCCUGUUUUUGCUUUGGUCUUGCUCUGGAGUUGUUUAGUCUUGGAAGCAGUAUGGUAUUUUGCAUAUUUGUAGAGCACCAAGGAGUAAACUCCCUCCUUAACUCGACCAUCUUUUCUCAACAAACAUCCAAAGACAUAGACCUCAAAAGUGGGUCACUUUGAAAUACAACAAGACACUGACCUAAAUGAAGAAAACUGAUAUUAGUUUGUUAGCAACGUGUUCAGUGAUGAAAAUUGUAUUCUGAUUGGUCCAAACCCCUCAAUAGCAAGCAGCUCUUAAAAGCAAAAGCAAUCACAGAAUCAUAUCAAAUCAACCCACGCAUAGAAGUUUAGCACUUUUUUACUCUGUCUGUUGACACUGUGGCAAAAACGUAGGCAUCCAUCUCAGGCUGGUUUAGGGAGUCAGGUGAGGAGCUAAUGGACUUCAACCGUCUCUGAUAGGUGGUGUGAUGCUGCGUUCCAGUUACCUUGGAAGUCGGAUGUCGGAGCUGGGAAUGACGUUACACUCGAGUGGACGGCAUUCAAUCAAUCAAUCAAUCAAUCAAUCAAUCAAUCAAUCAAUCAAUCAAUCACUUUAUUUCAGUUAUUCCAGUUAUUAAGCCAAGAAAACCAAGAUAGGCGCCUACUGUUAGCUGUUAUUAGCUGUUGUUAGCUGUUGUUAGCGGUUGUCAGUUGUUAGCGGUUGUCAGUUGUCGUUGGCGGUUGUCUGCUGUUGUCAGCCGUUGUAAGUUGUUAGCUUUACCAGUUGUAAACAACACAUAACACAGUAUUUUACUCUUACAAACACCAUAGCACUGUGUUCACAGUUAGACGUUGGGCAGUACAACAUAUACCACUUAUUAAAUUUCACCAAAACAAAACAGAAGUGCUCAUAAAUAACACAUUAUGAGAGCUUUCACUCUUACUCUUUACUGUUGAUGCACUGUGCUGCCAUCUUCAAUUAUGAUGUUGUCGUCAAGUCGGGAUUGGCGAGGAUCGUCUGACCUUCCGAGUUGGAAAUCUGACUUCAGGAGGGAGCUCCAGAUGAAUUUCCGACUCUGAGCUUGGAAAUUCCGACUUUUGAGUACAACUGGAUAAGAUGCAAUCCAGGCAACGGCAGCAGAGCAGGUGAAAGUGCUCUGAGUUGCUAAUCAUGACCCAGUUAUUUAACCCAUUAGCUGCAGUGAUAACAGCAACAAUGCUAAAAGUCAUGACAUUUGCCUCAUUUAUUUUUAAAGGCGUCUCAGAGACAAAGUUAUAAUAAGCUGGUUGUCUGCCACCUACCCCUCGCACUGGUGUGAAGCUGCAAAAAUGACAGUACAGUAAGUGUCAGUCUUGUUGCUUAUGGUCUCAUUUACUUGUAUGUUUCAUAUGAAGUCAUCAGUUGAAACAUCAGUCCAUCACAGGAGCAGUAAACACUUGAGGUACUGCGCUUUGUGGGUGGUUUCUGCACACUUGACUCUCAGCUGGCUUUGUGAAGAGGAAAAUGUUCAUGUUAUUUAUCCUACCAAUGAAUAUCAGGUCAUAGGUUUUAAUCUGCCUUUGUAUGGUGCAAAGAGAUGGAAAGGAAGAAAGCUCUACAUAAACUCAGUCCAUUUUACCAUUUACAAAAAUGAAAGUUCAACACAUUCAUCUUAAGACUGGGGGCAAAAAUGAAAGUUAUGAAAAUAGUUUAAAACUUUCCUCUUGUAGAUAUAUUUUACUUUGUAUAUCCUCUCUGCUGAAACAAAGCAGGAAAUAAAAAUGUAAUAUUCACAGAAAGACCAUUAAAAAUCGUGUCUCUGAUGUAAGCUGUUGAAUUUCUUAAGACUGAAAGUUGUACGUCAGAGUUGCUGAGGAUGACGUCGGAUUAAAAACACGACUCUGAUUCAAAAGUUCAUACACAUGUUUACACAGCAGGGUGGUUAUGUGUCAGGGCGUCAGGCCAGCAGUCCUGUUAUCUCCAGCUGGCUGUGGGCCGCUGCUGCACGUUUCUCUGCCGCUUUGUUUUGACAGGACACAUGACUGAAUGUGCAACCGAAAGCAAUUACUGCGCUCACUGUGCUCCUACUGUACGGAGCUUAAAAAUAGCUGCAGGCGUUCCCUCGGAGCAGAGAGCGGAGUGUGUGUUUCUCUGCCAUUUACACUUCUUUCUAACUCUGAGUGUGUGUGUGUGUGUGUGUGUGUGAGUGUGUGGAGCCAUGUGUUCAGUGUUUGUGUGUUUGUGUGUGUUCGUAGCUUAAAGCGGGUUAAUUGUGGCUAGAAAAUGGAAAAAGUUCAACAUUGAAAUUCUGGUCCAGAUCCUGGUUUAUUUCUGGCUAUGUGCAGCCAAGACGUGCCAUCUAACCUCAUCAAGACACACACAGGCACACACACACACACACACACACACACACACACACACACACACACACACACACACACACACACACACACAAGUGCCUUCUAAUAAAAUCCAGACUGUUCCUCCUUUUUACUGCUGUUUGGUGAAACCACACUGGAAAAAGAUCCUGUCAAAUUACAACUUUCGGGAGCCGCUCCCUCAGCCUCCUUCAGGUCGGCUUUUUCUUCUUUUGUUCUGUGCAAGAAGCUUUAAAACUUCCAUCCACGUAUAAUGUCACUAAUAAACAGCCAAUAUGUGAUCAGAUGUGAUGUUUAAUAUCAGGAGGACAGAGCUGCUGAUCAAAGUAUCACCUUUAACCGUGUGUCUAUCACCCCAUAAGCCUUUGCUUAUCUCUUCUUAUGUGUGAAUAAAAGUGUGAUAUUGCAGCUGUAGCUGUUAGAAGCACUUCUGCUGUAUGAAGCACUUAUUAUUGUCCGUUAGUACACGAUUAUUGUGGUAGAUGGUAAAUAAAAACAGGGCCUAGGACAGAUCCUUGAGGAACACCUUUUAUUUAAUAAUAGUAGAAGCUCUGACUGAAUAUUCUCCAAUUUCACACACUGAAGUCUCCAUUUGAAAGCGAUGGAGUCAAGGCCAACAUUAUAAAUACUCUGAAUGAGAAGAGCAUGGUUAACAGGAUAAAAAGCAUUUCACAAAUCAAAUAAAACAUACCAAUACUGGAAACAACAUUAUGAACACCUAAUGCAGUAGCAGGAACAGUGCUGUGCAUGGGUCUGAACCACAAAUCACGAAGUCGAAUGCAGAUCUUUUACUUUUAGUGGAGCUUUUUUAAAGUCUGGCGUCGCUGUUUUGACUUCAGUAAAUGAUCUCAAUGUCUUUUCCAUCACUUAUGAUAUCCUGUGUUAAGUCUCAGCACUCAUUAGACCCCACUUCUUCUGUUUGCUUAAUCCACAGACCUCUAAAGUUGACCAAUGACCUUUGACCUCCAUUUACCUCUGUUCAUAAAGUUUAUAAUCCAGGUGAGGAGGCUCAUCCUGCACCUUUGGUUACAUUUUUGGAAAAGAUUUAAUAACAUAAAAAAAAGGAUAUAUAUUGUUGUAACUCCAGCGCUUGGCUGAUUUCUGCAUCGUCCACUGACCUCUCCCUCCCUCUAGUUGGAAUGCAGGCUCUGACCCAUUGACCUUUGACCUCUACAGGCUGAUAAGAAGUGUCUGGUAGUGAUAGCAGCUCACACACAGGGUCCCACCAUCACCGACUGACGCACUCACACUACACACACACUCAAACACCAUGAAUGCAUACGCACAAAUGCAGGCAGAUGGACUUUACAAUCAUUACUGUCUCCUGUGAACGCACACACACACACACACAGACUUAAACACACACACACACCAUUAGUGAUAAAAGGCAGGGGCUGCUGACUGAAGCGUACAUAAACACACUCAUCCCCUCCUCUAAACACCACCGCUUAGCCUUUCUCUCUCUGCUGUGUGUGUGUGUGUGUGUGUGUGUGUGUGUGUGUGUGUGUGUGUGUGUGUGACAGAGAAAGAGAUCUGCCAUGAACCCUCCUGUGCUUUGACUCUUUCUUUCCCCCUGCUGUACGUCCACACACAAUAUUCAAUGACACUUUCAUUUGAAUCAACUUUGUGUUUGUUUUUGCAUAUUUAGGGAGAUGCUCUGAAAACUGAUCCACUCGGUCAACCAAAUAAAUGCUUAUGAAAUAGUAUAUCACGUCAAAUCAUGUGAUUAUUGCAAAAAAAAUUGAAGAAUAACUGGAAAAUCUGCCUCUCAUGCAAAUGUUUCCAUUGUUUGUGUUAUAAAAUAGCAUGAUUAGCUUUUCUUUGGUGUAUAUGAGAUGCUUUUUCACUUUUAUUCCCCAUCCCAUAUGAAGUUUCACUCAAUGGCAGAGAAAUGUCUUACAGAGGUUUGUAUAUACAGUCCUUUAAGUAAAGACUGUGAUAACAACAGACAGACUUUAGGUUUGGGUCUAUUUUAGUGCCACCCGUAGACAAAGCAGUGUCUUUUUGUCUUCUUUGUGCUUUUUUUGUGGCUUUUGAGAAAAAAUAUCUCAUCCUGCUGACUCUUGACAGUCAAAUGUAUAUUUUUUAAUGAAUAUUUUAAGUGGAAAUUGUAAAAUCAGGGCUGUUUCUUUAGCUGUUCAGCUGACACCUGCCUCCUUGCACCAGUUUCAAGCAUUGAAAAUUACAAUCUACUUUUCUCCUUGUUUUUCUCCCUUUCCAAUAUCCUUUCUUCAAAUAAAGUCCAUAAAUGAAAGUCCAAAAGUAAACCUAAAAAUGAAAAAUCGCUGUGCAAAAGUUAUACAGAACUUGCAAGAAUGAAAUGCAGAACAGGAUUGUAGGAAUUCAAAGUCCGAUCCAAAAGGAAUCUGGACUCGCCCAGAGUUUUUGAAAUGUUCAAGAACUUUAUCCAAGUCCAUUAAUCCGACCCAUGACCUCGAAGGUACAUUACACAGGAAUAUUUACAUCUCCAAUCGUCCUGUGACAUUUUGGAGGAGAUUCUCUGAAAAUGGAUCCACUUGUGUACAAAUAAAUAUUUAUCUGGCUUCACUUCAGAGUCACAUCACUGUCAAUGUUACAGGAGAGCAAUAACUGAAAAUAUCUGUCUCUCACAAAGAUUUUUUCCAUUGUUUGUUUCAGGACUUUCCGUAAAACAUGAGAAGUGAUGCCUUUUCCAUUCCUCUUUAUGUGUUAGGGUCAGGCAAGGAAAGUUUAUGAAGCUUAUUUCAGCUGCGGUUUUAAAUGGCUGUACAUGAUGUUCUUCGUGUCAAGAGCAACAUUCAAUUAUGUCAUAGUGGAAGAGAAAAGGUCAUUUCGAUGGACAAAACAUGUGUAAGUGUGCAGUAAGAAGCUGCCAAGAAUUAAUAUUUUUAUCUACCCGUUCAGUCGAAAGCAUGCAGAAAGAAUUUAGAGCUGCAUUACAUUUGAUUUACUUUUUUGCUACUUGUGAAAAGCAGAAAAGGAAAUCAUCACAGACAUGAGCGAAGUACAAAGUGGAACUUUAAGAAACUACUUAAAAAUUCCUGCAGGCUGAACUUUCAUACUGGACCACAGAGGUCCACUGGUUCACUGAGGGAGGUGGCGUUUCUAACAGUCUAAUUAUGUGCUCCACCUUGUCAAGCUGUCAGACGCUGUGUUGCCAGGUCUGAUGAGGUCAGAGGUUUUAAACCCUCUCAGAGGGGCUUAGCUGAUAGACCGGAUAUGAGUAUAUAUCAUCUCCCUUUGUCUGGUCAGCAGCAUUAUUACCUUGACUGCUGGAGGUGGUUUGAAUGAUUACCAUAAACAAUUCCCUUUAUAUUCCUUAACAUAGCUAGACAAUAACCUUUUUCACAAAGAGCACAUGUGCUUCUAAGUUGAAAAAGUAAGGAGCACACAAAGAACUUUAGGGGCACAAUGAAAAUUGAUCAAAUAAUGUGUGUCUUAUUGUCCAACAUAAGUACUGUUAUUUGAAAUCAGUUUUAGGUCAAUUGGUCACAUGACAUGGAAGCUUUUGAAGGAAAACAGCCUUUUUUUGAGAACAUCAACCAUUCAUUUAUUGAUGGUCCCUUACAUAACACCUGACGUUGACAGCAAGGGUGCAGAGUAGAUGUAACCACGCUGCUGUUGCCAUUCCCGGUUAUGGAGAGUAAGAAGUCACCAGUAGAUCCACAGUGAAUGUCCGUCGAAUGUCCAACCUAAAACUAACUUCACCACGGUAUUUACAUGAAAAAACAUUUGUUGCGUCAGCUGAUAUUUUUUAUGCGCACAUGUGCCCAUAAAUAGAAAUUACAAUUUGCUCACAUCUAUUUUUAGUUGCAGAUGCGAGUGAAACGGUCGUACUGUCAAACCCUGCUUAAUUAAAUAAGCAUGAUGUUCUACCUUAUGUCAAAAAACUGACAUAAACUGUAAAUUCCCCACUGGAGUUUUAAAACAAUAACAAAGACGAUGACCUUAAAAUCUAAAACAGAGGUACAACUCACCAAGUUUACCUUUUCUGUCAGUGUUUCUCAUUAAUCUUGACAGCCUCAAGCACUCUUUUGUGACAGAAAUGCACUACUCUCACUUGUUAGCCUGGCCCGCUUGUGCAUUUGUGUAGCAGUGUGCUGAGUUCAGUCACGCUCACCUCCAUGAGUGAUUGAAAACACUGUGGCAUGAAGCGCAGAAGGCUUUUGCUGAUUUGGCUAAACCAAAUAUCUUCUUUGCAACCCAUUAGCUGCAUUUUCUUCUCUCCACUGUAUUUUUAUCCACACUGACUGAACAACUCCACGUAUUUUGGCAGGAUUAUCCCUUUAGAUGCCUCAGGUACUGUAUAUCUGAUGCACGUGAGGAGGACUGUGAUUGUGACAGAUCAGUGCAUGAUGGGCUGCUCUCUGGAUGUAUCAAGUUAGUACGCUGUGUUGUUCCCAUCCUUCCUUCCCUCACACUUUAAAAACAAAACUGUUAAAUUUGCCAUCAUUUCAUUCGGUCAACAUCUGUUCAGGGUUUAAAAAUCUUUUCGUGUGGUGCAGCCUGAAAUUUUUCCCAGAUUGGAGGCGGCUACAUGCACACUGUUGUCCAGCAGACUUAUCCAAAACAUGUCUUUUGUGUUUUACUUCGAUCCAUCAUCAUCCCGAAUUUUCAUGAAAACAUCAGCCGACCUGGAAACGUGUAAGAGCGAGCUCCUGCACGCUGCCUCUGACUCAUGCUCUGAUCCUCUGCAGGAGGUCAAAGAGAAAGAGAGCGAUCCCCGCUUCAAGCUGUCGCUGACAUUUCAAGCCUGUCAGGACUUUAGAGGAAAACGUGACCGCUUUGUAGUUUGAAAUCAAAUCUUCUCUGCUCUCUCCAUUAUGCUGCUCAGAUGAUUUAACGGUGACCCAUGAACCUAUAAUAGUGGCUGCCUAAAGGGAUAUUUUUCUCUCUUAACAAACACACAAAAAGGCUUUUGGAUCCUAAAACAACUUUCCUCUGCUUGGAUCAAGAAGUCUCAAAACGUCAGCCAAAAAUCACAAAGAAUGAAUGCAAACAUUUCCAGACAGCGUGAUGAUCCAACAUGAUUACAUCAACAAAUCUGCGUACCGGUGAACACAAACAUCCUGUCAAUCAAACAUUCAACCGAGAACAUCCGCAAUGAAACAUCUGCACUCUAACAAUAGCUGCACAAACAGCUUCUUAUCAAACGGAGUUUUAUUUCUUUUGCAGGGUUUAUGUUGCAACACGGGGCUGUGAAAGACUGAAUAUUCAUGGUGGUGAAACGUGACUGAGUCCUGCUGGAGAAAAGAUAAUUAGAAGUCGACCUCCAUAAGGAGAUGUCACUGUGGAGCUGAUGGGGUCAUGAGCCUGCAGGACUGAGUCUGAAGUUUCCAGUAUUCAGACACAGACUGCUGUGAGACAGUGUGGCUAAGUGAAUCUUUUGGUUCUUGAUUGAAUUAGUUUUUUAUGUUGUUUUUCCAAAAGCCCAGAUACUGCAGUGUUGAGCUUUUGUGUAUCAGUGUGUUUUUAAUAGUUUUUGUCUUAUCUCAACAACAAAAAUAGAGCCAAGGAGCCAUUCUUACUUUGUUUGUACUGCCAUCAAAAAUGUUAUAUAAUGCACAAUAACUUUAGAGGCUCUCUUUGAUCGCUAUCCCCUGCAAAUUUGCAGUUUUCAUAACUUUUACAAACAUAAAUUUCUCUUUGGCUUGCUUUUUUUUAUUCACAAAGUCUUCCCUAAAUACAGCACAUUAAAUUAUGAGCAAAAAUAAUUUAUUCUAAAAAAUGCAGAGCAUGCAUUUUAAAUGUGUAGAAAUGUACAUUUAGAUGAACUUUUAGACACUCAGACAUGGACAUAACAAGCCCUAAUUUGAAAUUUUCUGGCGUUCCCGGGUGCCUAAGCCAUGUUUGGCUAUCUUCCUUGACUUCCUGGGCGGUAUUGUUUCUGGCCUUGCUGUAGCUUUCUGUAUAUUGUGUUGUUUUACUUUUACAUCUCAAAGUUAUACCGUAUCUUUCAGGCAAUAAGGUGCACUGGAUUAUACGGCCCACUGUGAUUUAAUGUGUCUAUGUUCACACAAAAGGCGCAUUGGAUUGUAAGGCGCAUUAAGCAUCGAUUGGUUUAUUGUUGCUAGCGCGUACUCCGAGCUCGGGCUGCCUUACAUGAUCGCACUUCUAGUUUAGACAUUACCGUCAGGCAGUCUUGUCAGGCCAAUCAGGUCUUGACAAAGCGUACCAUUAUGCUCCGAAUAUCCAUUGAGUGGAGCGGCUUUAUUGCUUACUAAAGUCAUACUUAAACAUUUCGACAGAUUUUUGAGCACAUUGUACCACAUAAAAUCAGUCAGUAAGUACAACAAAUAAUCAUACAUAAGGCGUGCUGUCAAUUUUUGAGAAAGUUUAAGGAUAUUAAGUGCACCUUAUGGUCCGAAAAAUAUGGUACAGAAGAAUAGAACAGCUGUAUUACAUUUAAAUGAGAGCAUACUUGGCAGCAUUUGGCAAGGGGAUUUUAGGCAGUUAUCUUGAGGUGUGAUUUAAGACUGAUGUUUGUGAUUGAGUGCAAAGGCCUCGACAUCAUUUCUAGAAGUUAAAACUUGUUAGUUCAUUUAAACAACACAGAAAAACAGACGUGGGGGUCAUUCCUAAAUCACACAAGGUCCCACUGGAAGAACUAGUGCUAUGUGAAUAUAAAGAGGAUAUACAGGAAAUAUAAAGAAAAAGCUUCUGUAUAGUGAUGGACAGAACAUCUAAAAUCUCACUUUAUGACCUGCAGUGAUUUUUGUAAUGGCUCUGAACACUGACACUGGACAAAAGUCACACAGUGACUGCCAAGUCAUACAAAUUCACAGGGAUGCAGGGCCAGUUUAAGGUCAGCAGUUUGUAUUCAAAACCAAUCACUUUUACUCACAGUGUUUGUUUUAGCCUGCUGGGAGCAGCAGAUAACACCAAGUGUCAGGAAAAAUGUAAAUCCAGCUCGUUUGCAUAACCUGAAUAGCUCGCUAUGGAGAGUGUUAGAGACACCCUUUAGAUCCAGAUGAGUUUCUUCUUACAUUCAGUGUUGUGGGGAAUGUGGUGGAGCAAGAAAAAACAAUAAGUGUCUGAUACUUUCUCUCUCAUUUAUCAAGAAACAUGCAAAUGUGCUGGAUUAAAAAAAUGUAUUUAUAAGUCUAAAAAAGCAGACGUAUAAGAGAUGUUCACCAUUCAAUCACACUCUGCAGCCAACAUAAUCACUGUGAUUUUGCAGUGGAUUUGGUGAUUCAAAUUUUAAUGCUCAUACACAGCCCCUGCUGUUCUCACAUGGAAACCCUGUAGUGUAGAACCUGCUGCUGAAACAACCCCGAGGACAUAACUCAACCUGUGCAGCCGCAUCCUUUAAAUGACUUUUGUCAUGUUUUGUGAAAGCACACACACACACACUCAAACAAACUUAAGCACACUCACAUGAAUUUAGGCUUGAGGGAACACACUGUUCUGAUUUAAGGACAGAAACCAAAUGACGAGAUGAGCCAACGUUAAAAAACUGAGGGAGGAAAUCCAACAGAGUGAUUACCAUUAAUGUCAUUGUGGUUCUAAGUUGUUUACAUGGCACAAAUAAAACCCAGACUCUGCUUUUAUUUAUAAUAAAAACAUAAUUCAAACAUUGAGAUAUUAUUCUAACUCAAAAUUAUAACACAAACAAAAUUAGACAAACUAUAAACAUUUAAAAUCAAAUUAAAAUGAAAAUUAGAUUACCGUCUACAAUUUGUGUUGUUUUUAGAUUUGAGUAUAAUGUUAUAUUUAUGUAAUGUUAUAAAGCAAAACAAAACCUUAAAGCUAAGUGACACACAUAUACAUAUUCAAGAGACACACAGUCACGACAACAACAACAACGAUGAAGCACAAACACACACGUUGUUGUGUGUCAGUCGCAUCCCUCACUGUAGGGAUACUGAGCUAAUCAGAUUAACGGGGUCUGAGAGUCUGGAGGAUGGAGGAGGGGGCCUGUGUGUGUGUGUGUGUGUGUGUGUGUGUGUGUGUGUGUGUGUGUGUGUGUGUGUGCGCGCGCGCCCACCAGGAGAGCAGAUGUAACGGGCCAACACUGAGGAUCAGACCGUCUGUUUCUCUGAUUUCUGUCUCAGUAUCUCUGCGUCUGACCGGCUGAAUGAUAACCUGUCUGUUUGUUUUUCUGUUAGUCUGUCUCAGACAGGUGGGGCUUAUCACAAACUACAGGUGUCAGAAAAUGUUGGCCAAGUUGAAGGCUCACUUAACCCUGAACAUAUAUGGUCCACCCUCGUGAAACAGCUGGGUACAGAUGUGGUUCUAGAGUUUGCUUCAUUGAUUUUGGUAAUAUGAAUGUGUUUCAGAUCUAAUUCUUACAUUAUCAGACUCCAGUUGGUCAACUCUCACUGAGUUUGUGUUGAUCAUUAAAAAGAAAAAGUUUUUUGUGAACUUAAUUUUGUGGAGAUCUAAUAAAGCUAAAUUCGACUGUGAAAAAUUCCAAACUCAGGGGGCAGAUUACAGCAUCAACAUGUGUGAAUCAUUGUAUUUUUUAAUUCCUGUUUAAACUUCUCAACCUAAGAAUGCUUUUAAGUUCUAUUUCUGAUAUUUCUUCCAACUUAAAAACACCAUGAACAUCCCUGUCUUUAAAAAAGAAUGUAUGGUAACACUUUACAAUAACCAUAACUUAUAAAUGGUAAAUAGACCAUUUAUAAAUGGUAAGCAGAUAGUUUAUUUAUGUUUAAUCAUAAUUUAUAAAUAGCAUAUAGACCAUUAAUAAAUUGUAAAUUUUACAAGGGGCUGCGUGAUAACAGACAACAACUUGGUACUAUUUAGUAGCAGCGUAUGCCCCUUGUAAUGACCCCCGUAAAAACUGUUGUUCAGGACUGCUUACUUGUGCUUCCCACCCACUCGACUACUGUAAUAACUGUUGUUCAAGCCCACACGCAACAUUUUUGUUCUCAUUUAUGAAACGCUUAAAUCAGGGACGUUUUCGGGGACAGCUUUUGCCGGGGACAGGUCAUCCAAUACGGGACUGUCCCCGGAAAUCGGGGACGUUUGGUCACCUUACUGUACGUACUACUGAUGUGCAACAGCAAACUCAGCUUUGGGAUAUAUGAUGAUGUUACAUAAAGAGAAAAACACACGUGACCCGUUAGUAGAAGGUCAAAGUCCUGGUCAUUGGGUGUAUUUGGUGUUGCUAGGACACAUUGAAUCUUGUCUUUGAUGAAGAGGACAGAUAUGAUCUUCCUCAUUGUGUAAACAGAUAAAUACAGACAUUUAACUCUGAUGUCAAAGUCCUGCAUUCCCUACCACCCACCUUUACCCACCUCAGAUGUCUUCCUACCAUUUCUGCGUAAAUUUUGCGUAAAAGGAUUAUGCUUCCUCUAAAAAAUCCUGUUAGGGAAAACAAAUUAGCUGAAUGUAAGCAUUUUCAGGAAACACUUGCACAUUCAGCUCUUUUUCUUCGAGAAAUCAAGCAAAGACAAUACAUUUGGAGACCACAGUCACUGGAAAUAACUUUGGUUAAACUCUCUAACAGACAGGAUGACAGAUUACAUAAACUUUCCCAAAACUAGCUGCUUUUAAGUCACAAGGCUCUAAUUAAGAAGCCCUGGUUGUAAUUUAGGAGUUAAAAGCUAAGUCAAUCACACGGAAAACCAAAUGAAACCUUCCCAAUUUGGCUCCGAACAAAGAAAACAAACAUACAUUUGAUUAUUUUCAGGAGAUCAUGUUGUUUUAGUGAGACUGUCUGUGAAGAAGUGCAGGCUGGUGGGUACUUUGACGUUUUCAUGGCCUCUUAGCUGAGAUAUUUGAACCACACAAAGCAGGUCCAGUGUCCCCCCUACUUAUUAUUUUAAUCGUACCAACAAUAUUUUCUGGAUGUCUCCUCCCACUCCUCUACCUGAGUCCCUCCCUCUCACCUCAGCCUUUGUCUCAGUCUGCUUCGCCUCUGUCUGUCUCCCCCCACAUGAUCCUCCUCUACCGCAGUGUUUAGAGAAAUAAAAGGGGGCACAGAUGCACUGACGGAGGAGGAGGAGAGGGAUGCUUGAAUUUCCGUCGUCUUGUUCUGUGUAACAUACCCUGAUGUUUGACUUAGAGAGCUUAAAGGAAGAAUCUGUAAAUCCCUGAUGAGUAAACAGAAGAUGGACAGAACGAGGGCAGACAUUCACUUUCCGGUGUUUUGCAGGAACUCCUCAUUUGUGGAACAUUAUCCUCCAAAUGUUUGCAAUUUAGAGCACUUAGCGUGUCUUAUUGAAUAGUUUUGUAGUGGAAAGUGUCGUGCAAAUAAACUGGCCCUGCCUUACUGAACCAUAUUCAGAAUUGUUAGUACAUAGCUUUUGGUUAAAAGGCUUUAAUUCAGUAUUGAUUGGACAUCCCAUUGCUGUUUCUAAUAUGUAAUAUAAUCAGUUAAAGAAAGAAUAAAAACUGAGGGCCUUCUUGUAUACCCUAUGCAAAGUGCUCUGGUCCAAGUGUCAUUGUUAUUCCCUAAUACAUACACUUGUCAGUCUUAUGCAAACCUAUUUACACCGACUGUGUGAAUAGUUAACAAACCUGCGACCGCAUUAGUGCCGUAAAAUCAGGUGUGGUUUGGCACAAAGGUGGAGCGCUGCUGUCUUGAGGAAGAAGAAGGUGUCUGCACUUAAGACCAACUAAAACCUGCUCUGAAGUCUGUAGUUGUUGCCUCUCUUGGCUUGGUCUCCAUUGGAAAGAAAUGUAUGAUCUCACUAGGGCUAACUUGGUUAAGUAAAGGUCAAAUAGAUAAAUAAAUAAAGCCAAAAUCGACUUAGCGCCAUCCCUUUUGGAUUGUUUCAGUAGAGCCCCAAGUUGAGAUGAGCUCUCCUGCAUGCAAAGGAGAUAUCUACCAAAAUGCAUUGCAGCCCCUGGAUAGCUCCCCUUAGUUUUCACUGCUGUUUACAUUUAGUCAGUUAAAUAUUGCUCUAUAUCCACUCAACCAAAACACUGGAAAAAAACUGCCUUCUUUGUGGGAGUGUCCUGAAACUACAGUCUUACACAACCUCACUGACAUGAUGCCAAAGUUUCCCCCAAAAAUUAAUUUCCAAAAAUAUUUCCCAACCUCAAGUCAUUUUUUCCAGAAUCUGUACAGCAGCAGCUCAAACAUUUGUCACCCAGAAAUCUCUGCGGCUCAGGGGAAAAAGGAAACAGUGGGUCUUUAUUUUUGGCAGGAAACAUAGAAGUCUGGCUUCUUAAAGUAGCAGCGGUGGAAGCAGCAGCAGCGGCGGCGGCAGUGGGGGAGGCAUCCAUUCAGUAGCGGUGGUGGAUGCUGUUUUGGGUCACAGCAACUCCCCGUCUGCCUUAAGGAUCUCUGUCAUCCAUCACACAUCCCUCCCUCUACACUUUUCCUCAUAAGUCUACCCCAGAUCUCUCAACUGCUCAUCAUGUCGUGUGACUGCACCUCAACUCGAACUCUGCACGUGUUUUUGUUUUCAAAGAAGGAGGCAGGGAAAGUAGAGAGCUCUUUAAAUAGAUAUCUAGCAAGGUGAUGCAUGCAUGUGUUUGAAGUGAAAAAGCCCCGGCCAGGUCUGUAGACAGCUCCUUUUUUCUAUCUGAAACUUACUGGGUUUUUUUUUGUUUUGUUUUUUCAAAAUGACAGAGAUACUCUCCAUCAAGUGGGCUCUAAAAGAAAGGUCAGAUAAAAUCCAGAAGGGCACAUAUUGAUCCUCUAUCUUGCACUCAAAUGAAGUUUAGACAACCUGAUACCCUCUGACCUGAAGCCACUCAGUGUUUAAGCAUGAAGAAAAUCUUGGUGUGUUAAGCUGCUGGUGUGAUGAAAGCUGUUUUAGAAACACUCCAAAGGGGAAUCAAUUGAAAUACAGCAAAACUUAUCAGAGCCCCUUUCACAUAUGCACAUUAAUCCUGAAAAUUUCCCCAAACAUUGCAGGGAGGCUGCAUGUUUGGAUGUAAACGGACAUUUUUUUUAACCCUGUCCCUUAGAUUGAGGUGUGAAUCCAGAAAGUAAUAGUCUAGGGUGACCAUAUUCUGACUACCCAAAAAGAGGACACGACUAUGCAUGGGCGGAGUUACGGAGUCGCACAAAGUUAAUUUUGAGAGUUUUUCGGGUUGGAUUGAUGUCUUUUACGUGCUUCUAACUCAGUAAGUCAACGUGACACAAACUCGAAACUUACGUACUAAACUGCAGACAUUUGAAGGAUUUUAUAAACUUCCCCGGACUAACCCUCACAGCCUGGACAGCCCCCCAAAAAGAGGACAUGUUCAGGUAAAAGAGGAUGUAUGGUCACCCUAUAAUAGUGUGACACUAAGCUUUGAGUGAAUGGGAGAAGUGAUGCGCACUUCACAUGCCAGUGAAUUGUUUCCUGUUGUUUCAUUGUACUGUGGAAACAUCUUAACGCAUGAUCUAGCAAUAUUAACGUAAGAACAAUCACUAAUUGAGCAUACUGUUAACUCAUUAAGUACAAUGUGUUUUUCUUUAUGAACUGUAAAUAGCUUCUAUGUAAUUAUAGAGCGGAAAAACUCUUAAUGCAGACCAUAAACUAAAACUUCAUUUCAAAAAGAUUGACUAAAGUAACUCUUGUUUGGAGGCUUCAUCCAGUCAGUUGCCUAUUUAUAUAAACUCCAAUAUAUGGUACAAGCAAAACACAACAUACACAACAUAUCGUUAGAGGCACUAUUGUAAAUCAAAGUUUAACAAUAAGUGAGUAACAGUGGUUAAGCAUUGUUUAAAUCAACUUUUUAAAAUAGGUCCCACGGUUGUUUUUAGAUGAAUUUCACAAAAGUGGGAAAAAAGGCAACUUAACCACUUGAAUGAAUGUUACUACAGCCACUCCUACCCAACCCUCUCGCUGCUGUCUGAGAACUGAGGAGGUGUGUGGUCCAUAUUUGGGGUUUUGGGUUGAGUGUUAUGCAUCUUUAUAGUUUAUCAUAGGGUGAAGUGUUGCUUUCGCCAUGGAUACCAGCAGAAAAACCACUGCCAGUCAGACUUUUUAUUGUUGCAACCCGGCGUCUUCCAGUGACAGAGUGGAACAAUGUGGAGGUAGAAAGACAAACAGAGCCAUGCAGUGGCAGCCGUGGUCAACCAGCGGCGUUCCCAACCGCAUUUCUGACACACCCUCAAUCUAGUCUCCAGACUGGCUACUCUGGACAAACUGCAGGAGACAAAAGCAGUCAUUUAACCCCUAAAUCUAGAGAACAUGAAGUGCAAUUUGGAGUUCAAGAACAAAUACGACUCAGCCUCACUGGACCUUUGGUGAAGGCAUGUUUUAGUUGCAGUAGUUCUGCAGAAAGUGUGACUUAGCUGUUGAUUCAAGCAGCUUGUGAUCUGAUCAAAGAAGAUGGUAGAGCUUUAUCUAUGCUCUUAUCACCCCAAGCAUGCCACUUUUCUGAGUACAGAUAAGAUGGAACAAUUGGAGCAUACCUUUGUUUGUGCAAGGGAGACAAUGGUCUGCAAGAGAUCGUUGUGGGAAAUAAUCCUGUCAACAGUAGACACUUUUUAAAAUCUUAAACAUUUCUGCAGCCGUCUUUCUGUGAGAGAGGUUGCAUAUCAGACUGUAGCUACUAUAAAUGAGUAAAUAUAGCAAAAAGGACGCUCUGAAAAUUAUGGCAGCUAUCAACUUAACUUUUUAUGAUACGAAGUGCAGCCUUUUUUUGUCUCCUGUCAUCAGAAUGUGUAACACUGAACAACUUUGGAUCUCAGGUGGAUCGUGUCGGAGUCCGUCCUCUUUUUAAAUCACUACUUCAGGCUUUAACUGGCAGUUUACAUAGUUAACUAUGUGUCUCUAAAAAUGAUUAAUUUGGGAACAUUGAUACAGCUGGUUAGCUGGUAAGCCUUGUUGCUACACAUACCGUCAUUUUAAUUGCCUGCCUAUGCUACUGUAAGCUUUAUCCAUAGCUUUUUGACUGCUUAGCUUAACUUUUUAACUGUUUACUAUUAUUUAUUACUUUCUGAAGUGCAGUGACAUGACAUGAUGAGUAGUUUAAGAUAUCUAGGGUAGACAUAUGAAGGCACUAGAACCAGGUAGGAGAACGAUAAUGAUCUCCAAGGUCCAUGUCAACCAUAAACCCUUUGUAGCGGACACCACCUUGAGUGUUUUACGACCUCUCCCACUUCUACAUGAUUUAUUAUUUAUUUUGUAAUGUUAUCCACCGUGAAACCAGCAAAAACAAGUAUUUAAUCCCAAAUACUCGUGCUGUGUUUCCACAGUCAACAAUUCAGUUAAACUUCAGCUCUAAUGGAGGUGAGUCCUCUUUCCUUCAGCCUUUUAAAAGUAAACACUCCCACCCACUCUGGCACUUUUCCUACAGUGAGACGUACUGUAACUGUGGCUAUAAGGCAAAUGUGUCAUGCGUCAUGCUUAUGUAGAGGAAAAAAUGGUGUGGACAUUCCUCCUCAUCAGUCAUGUUAUUCUUGGCCCUCAGAGUGCAUUCUUACACCUGGCCUGGACUCUCUGCAAACCGCUCUCCUGUCGCACAUGAACAGUCAGUUUCUAUAUGUUAUUGAGGGCCCGACAAGGAAAACAUAUGAUGGGCCCUUCAAAUAAAAACACACACACACGUAGGUACACAGACAAGCUCAGGAGUUGAGCUGAAGCAUGCUUUCAGAUACAUGAACUGUGUAAAGUUAUGGAGAUUAACCCAGAAAAUCCCACAGUUGGUUUGGCUUUCAAAAUAAAAGACAAGCCAUCUUGAGUGGACACAUCAUUAGGAUAUUUAAAUAGAGUAAACAUUCAAAUAAGCAUCAAACUCCCACAAAGAUAAGUAGAUGCAGUUAUAAUACGAUAAUACUAUAACCAAAUAAGAGUUAAAUAAGUUAUAAGACCCCUCUCUUUAUAAAGCCGUAAAAAUUAAGAUGAAAACAAGGUAGGAAAUUGAUCAAAUUAGCUUUUAAAAACAGACUUUAACAAACAUUAACUUCAAAUUUCAAAAGCAGAGGAGUUUCAUAUCCCAUAUAUUGUUAGUUAUUCUUGUUCAAAUCAGCUUAAUUUGUCCAUUUUUGGCUCAAAGAAAUAAAUUAAUAUUUCAAAUACCCCUUCAUAUAUAUAAUUUUUAGUCUUUUAGGCCCACAGAGCAUGUCAUUGCCCUGUUGUGGCUGUGCCAUUUCAAUUUUUAAUGUCAUAUGCCCCCAAAAUAUUGUUGGUCAUGGAACCAAGAAGCAAAUUACAAAAAUGAUUGUUCUUCCACCAGUCUAUCUGACUCAUACACACACAAUACAAUAUGAUAUAAUAUGAUAUGAUACAAUAUGGUAUAAGUGAGACAAUACAAUACAAAAUGACACAAUAAACUUUAUUGUCCCUAGAGGUGGAAAUUUGUAUUGAACUUGAGACUUUCUAACACUUCAAACAAACCACAUGCAAAAACAGAAACACUGAGUUUUUACACAGGAAACCACAAGCAACACGUGGUGCACAUAACCCAUGUUGCACAAUAAGAGCAUUUAUAAAAUAUAAGAAGAUUGAGCGAUCAUAGUGCCUUUAUGAAAGCAUUAAAGCUGCAAGAAAUAAUUAAAAAUUCAUAAUUGGCCAGUGCUCUUAAAAACAUUAGAGGACUGUUCGUUAGUUUCCUUUGUUUAAUAUCUUGCAUCUCUUGCAGUAAUAGCUAAAAAUUGACAAAUCAUAUUUCAGUAAUAUAAUACUGUAAAUCCAGAAACAUGGUACAUAUUAUAUUGCAAGUUGAGUGUAUUGAUAUGUCCCCAGUACUAAGCUACUGUUGUUUUUAAGGGAAGGUAAUAAAAACCUCCAAAGAGCUAAAGAACCUCAAUUUAUACUUUCUGUUCAUUAAAACCAGCUGAAAAGUUUUCAUUUUAAGUUUUUCUUUCAUUUUCUUCUAUGCUACUUUACAUCAGAAGUACUCAAAGUUCACGUAAACACGGUUUUAUUUUGAAAAGUCUUAACGGAAGUUACGUGCUGCCUCCCCGCUCACUUCACAACACUGCAGUGAGAUGAAGCGUCCAGGAGACUUCGCGCUCAGAGCAAACAGCGCUUAGACAGAGACACACAGGGAGGAGCAGCAGCGGGCAGUUUUCACUUCAUCCACAUCGACUCCUCUCCAUCAUGGAUCCUCCCCGGGCUCGUGCCCUUAUAUCCGCUGGAUAAACUUUGGACUUACUCUCGUAUCAUGGGAAUAUACUCUCUCCGUGGAUCUAUACAGUCUUGAUGGAAAUCAUGUCACCGCAGCAGGGGACGAUGGGACAGAAGAGGUCCGACUCUCUGACGGGAGACAGCAAAGCGCUCCCCGAAAACAAAAAGGUAACAGAGACGCUCCUCUGAUGGAGAGCUGACCGUGCGCUUUUACGCACGGAGUUGGGCACUGCGCUCACUAAGAACAUAGUACAUUUCAGCCACUCUUUUUUGACACUGUCUCAUUGAAAUAUCUCUGUAAAAACUCACAGAAAUUUAUUUUAGUUUACAUGAAUGAGCGUAAAGUUUCGGUUUAUUUCAGUUUCUUAAAAAAAUCUUCCAAGAAGUUUUAAUUUGGUCGCUUUGUUUUUGUUUAUUUUUGGUUGGGUUACCUGAUUUUUGUGUUAAUAUUCUUACAAAUCUGCUUUCGUCUUUGGCAUGUUUUGGAUAGAGCUCACUUGUAGAGUUUAGUUUUGUUUGACAUGGUUUUAUUGAAAGGAGUAAUUUGAGACUUUCCUGGGAUGUUAUCCUUUUCCUAUUCUAUCCUUGAAUUUCCCUCUGUUAAAACUCAGAUUUAUGGAACAUAAAUAUGGAACAUUGUGGUUUUUGAUGGUCUUUUAAGGGGAAACAGGCAGCCCCAAUUUAUCAUUUUUGUUGAAAAUUUAAGGUCUAAAUUGAUCUAAUGCAUUACUAUAUUUUAUUGGUGUGCCAAAAAGUGUUGUCUGAUUGCGCUGAGGAGUCAAAAAGAACAAGAUAACAAAGUACUAUAAUGUGCUGAUAAUGAUUAUUCAUUGGUCUCAGAGACAGGAGUCAGCAUGCAAAUGAGGAGGUUGCUGCUGCACUGAGACAGUGAUCUCAGUACAAUGAUUUUAACUUUUAUUUUGUAUUCUUGAAUAAAAAGAAUAAUAUAUUAUAUUUGAUGUCUUUGCAAAAGCAUCCAAAUUGCUGCUGCUUUUGAGCUGCAUAUUUCCAAGCUCACAUUUGGUCCUUGACCCUGUUUGGCUCAGAGGAGGUGAGUCUCCAGCAGCUGGUCAGUUAAACUGCAGCAAACAGUGCCCUCAUCCAGGGUGUGUUUGAAGGGAGUAACUGCAGCCUGCAGCACAGCAGAGGAGGAGGUGAGCUUAGAUUUUCCAAAAUGCUGCAAAAUGUGUUGCAGUGGUUAAAAAACUCACAUGAAAGGUUUUCUUUGACACAACCAAGCUGAACACUGGUGACCUCCUUUGUUGAGUUUUCAUGUUAAUAUUAUAAUUUUCUGUUUUGAGCUUGUGUUCUUUGCUGAUUUCAGUUUACUUACCCUGUGAUUGAUGUUUAAUGAGCAAACUAAUCCAGAUAAACUUGCUUUGUAAACUCAAUACAGAAGUUCAAGGUGAGGUUCUGGUGUUACCAUCCAGUUUGUAUAACCCAAUACAUCACUCCUCGGCUGUUGUGCAGAGUUACUCUUGUUUUCAUAAUAUUUUAUUGAACCACUUCCCAGACUUAAGCUUGUUGCCAGUGAUUUUCUCUUUGUCUUAAAUACCUUUGAGUGUUGCUUUAGUCUUUGUUUUUAUUGCAGUGCUUUGAGCUGGAUCAGGAAGUUUUGUCAGCUUUGGGGAGUUGUGCAGAGUGAGGUGUCAGAAACUGCAGCUCCGUAGCUUUAUGGCCAUUGUGUAAAUGUAGAGUUUCCACAUGCUGCCUUUCACUCCCGAGUGGUGGUAUACGUGUUGAAAUGUUUGUGUCGGAGUGACGAGAGCUCAUUUCAAGCUGUUCCUGACAUACGCGACAGGUACAUGCAUGACGUGUGGGCGUAUAGGGUUUGCAGAUAACAGCUCAUGAAUCCUGUUUGGUUGCUGCAUAAUUGAAACAUCAGGGCUUGUUGUUACACUUUCACAAUAAGAGUCAUUGUUUCUCCACCAUUCUAAGUGAAGUGUCAACUUAUUAGUGCUGCAUGUUUCCUGUCAAUCACCUCUCACCAGCAUGAAGAAGAAGUGUCCUCUCUCAGAUCUUAGUCAUCCUCAUGCAUGAUUGCAUAAAUAUGUGGGUAAAGCUCAGAGGUCUCUUACUUAUGUAACUUGAUUCAAAAUUAGCUGCUUUUGCAAUCUUAACUGGGUCAGUUUGUUGCAUGAAACUAAUGAAACCCUCACUCUGAUCCAAACCAGGAAGUUUUCCCACAAACUAUAAACACGCUAAAACAGACCCAGAAUGCAAUGAGGCAGUUGUUUCACAGCCUUAUAAUAAAUUGUAAUUCGAAGUUUUAUAGCGAGACAAACCUGUUCAUUGACCAUGUCAGUUUUUUCUUGGCCUUUUUGACUCUCAUUUACUAUUAAAUUUCAAAGUUUAGUGUAUCUUUAUCAGUUCCCGAGUGUAAUUUUAAGGUUCAGACAUUAGAUUGGAUUGUUUUAAGGGUUUAAAAGAAAAGUUCAGAUAUACAGGAGUGUAUCCAAAGAGUUGUUCAGAGGUGGCACAGCCCCCCUUAAAGAUAACACCCUUGUUGCCCACACUAUAUAUGGACUUCUACACUUUUUACACAUUUUCAGUUUAAAGCAACACAUUUACUCUCAUGUUACGCCUUGUCUGGAGGGUGAAAUGCACAAAGGCAGAAAAGUGAGGCUAAUCCCUUUGUCACUUCUCUGUCACUUGAGGUAGUAACACUGACAAAAAUGGUGGCCAAGGUCAGACUGCACAAUCUUUCUGUCUGUUUUAAUGGCCACUUUGUCAGAUGAGGCAAUCACAGAGCAUUAGUUCAUGCUGUGAUUCCACUCACAGACAUGACAGACUGAACUGUGGUACUCGAGCCAUCUUCAUGAACGGUGAGAUGACAUUAGAAGGAAGGCAACUAGGUAAGAUGACACCUAGUUAAGGACUGAAACAAACAAUGGCAGCUGAAUGGUUGUGUACUAAACUGUCAAUGUUGGGUUUGGAAAAACUUUAAAAGAUUAUGAACAAAUUAUUGGGUCACAAGAAGAGGACAAUUCUUUCUAGAGAUGUAUAAGAUUGGAUUUUUAUCAGAUUGGCUGAUACUUUCAAACUAAUCUUUUGGCCGAUAAUUAUAUUUGCAGGAAUUUUCAUGUCAGCCGAUACCAUUACUUGACUUUUAAAGCGAUUAUCCACCACCACCUGCUAUAUUGUAUAACAUCAGCCUGCUGACAUGCUGAAUGGAUCAUUGAGUUUAUAAUGUGUACUCUGACCUUGAUAUUAGGGUGUGUGUGUGUGAAGGUACUUCGGUGUGUCUGCAUGCAGCACUGUCUCAUCAUACUCAGGGUCAACAAUAACACAAUGUUGUGAGCCUCACCGUGUUGAUGCAAAGAAGUAAUGACCUUGUUAAAGUACAGCAGAUUUGCAUGGACUUGUGUUAAAAUGAACUAUUUGGACUGAGUUGUAACAGGCUGCUGGUGGGUUUCAUUUUAAUGAGGCACAGUUUCUUUUGGUGGGAUUUUAACAGACAGGUGCCAGAGAUUCACAUCCUGUUACUUUUUCAAGUAAUAAAGUUGUGCACAGGAAUUAAACGUCUGAAUAAAUGUCAACAGCAGAUAAAGUAGAAAUGAUCUUGGGAGAAAGAAAUGAUCUGUGAGUUCUGAUCAAUUGUUUGUGCACAUAUGCUUCAUGCCUCCCUUGCAGAAGUCAGAGUCUGGGUUGGGCCACCCUGGUCAGAAAAGCUUGGACAUACCCCUGAUCAUAAUGAUGCAGAUUAACAGGGAAACAGAACUCUUAUUACAUGAAUGAAAUGAAACCAAAGCGCCUCAGGCCAGCCUAGUCAUUGUAACUUGCGUCUGAAGAGCAAAGUUGACAUGUCUUUCUUCUGUCCGUGCACUCAGUCAUGUGUCUCAUGAUGCACAUUAUGUUACACUGAAUGCCUGAGUGUUGUGUCUCUGCUGCUUUAUGACUACCAUGAGUCAAAUUCUUCCCCUAACACCUCUGCAUGACAGGAAUGUCACCCAUACAUCAGUGCAACAAGGAAACAGUUGAGUUUCCAUCGAUGCUUUUGACUUUUUUCAGGCUUUUUUGAAUGACACUAGUGUGAGUUUAUAGAGGGGGGGUUUGCAUGUGUAAGGGUGCACAUGGUUUCAGUAUGGCUCAAAUAGAUUAGAUUUAAUUGAAAUAACUGUGGGAUGCCUGUCAUAGUUCAGUGAGGGAGCGUGCAAUUUAUCACGUUACAGUCAAAUUAUAUAUGAGGGCUCACAGACGUUGUGCAAUGCCAGACGGCUUGUUUCACAACUUCAGACUCCCUGUGUCUCUCUGUCACUUUGUUUCAGUCAGCUGCCAUCUUUAUCCACUUAUCUCGCUUCCUCUUUCCCUUUUUUUCCUCCUCUACUGCUGUCACUUCUCCUUUUCCCCUCCUUCACCAUCCUCCUCUGUAUUUCCUGCAUUGACCACAGUCAGAAACCAGACCAAAGCAGUGCUGACUCUGUGCUUUGCUGCUAUUUGGUCUCCCUCUGUAAACAUUUACACUCAAAACCAAAAGAAUGGUGCAAAAACCAUCACCUCCUUCACUGACCUGUCUCCUUCGCCUUCUCUCUUUGUGCAGAAGAUGAAGACCUUGGCACAGAGGCGACAGUCGGCUCCCUCACUGGUUAUCAGCAAAGCACUUACCAGAUCCAGAAGCACGUCCAGGUAUGAGCACACACACACACGCACACACACACACACUGUACAUAUCCUACUUUCUAGAGGCUGACAUCAUUGUUGGCCUCAGUGGGGCGAUGAUUCCUCUCAGUGGAUGGUGUUACAGAUUUGGCUGCUGCGGACAGCUUCACCCAGCUGUAUGAGUUAAACAACAAGUUUUCUCAGAAAUGUGUCAGGGAUAUGAUUUGUUUCAACCUCCAGGCUUAAAACUUUUCUCUGUCUCUUUCAGUUUUUCUUGUUCUAUAAUUUUGUUGCCUGGAAGUUUACACUGUAACUCACUUCUAAAGUUAUUUAACUGUCCUCACCAGGAUAUUUAAACCUUAAUAAAACCUCCAGGAAGAAAAUAGCAAAGCUGUUUUGUGCAGCAAAGUGCUUCAUUGUAGUAAACAGGUAUUUGGUAAUCAGUUAAAAUGUUUGUGCUGGAGUGAAUAAGAAGGUAUUUGACAGCCUAAUGUGUGAUAAAGAUAAAGCGCUGUAUCGUCUGCAUAAAGAGCGACAACUCAAAAUUCAUCAGAUUUUGAUUUUGCAUUGAUUCAUAGAUCUUGCAUGAGUUUUUGGAGGGUGAAAGCACACAGAGUCAAUCAAAAAAGAAGGGAAGCUAAAAGCUGUAAGUUAAAACCGCUGAGCAGAAGUGGAAGUUUGUGCUUCCUAUGGUCAGCUCUAAGCUGCACGCUCUUGGUCUUUCUCUCUAGAUAUUAUACAAGAACAGAGAACUGAAAAACUGACUGUACUGAUUCAGUUCAUCCGUCUGUAUUGCCUUGAAUAUGUGUCAAACAUCAGAGCGUAGUUUGGGGCCUGUGUUCAUUCAUGGCUUAGAGGGGGUUCAAACACUCCCAGAGCUAUCAGGCUUUUCAUCACUCUCUUAUCACACCGAUUCCUUCCUCCUCCUUUUAGCGAGUCGGAAAUAGACCAUUACAAAUCCCUUGAGGAGGGCACGUAUUUACCAGAGUCCUCAGUAAAGAUAUCUUUACUCCAGCCAGCUUUCUUGAGAGAAAAAUGUAUUUUUAAAACACUCAACUUUUUCAGACAAACAAAAAUCUAAAUCAAGACAUCAGGAGAAAGUAAAUGAGGAAUGUUGUGGAGUCUGACAAACCUCAGCUGCCCCUAAAAGCACUCAAAGGUUUUAAAAUACAGGUCUUCAUACCAUAAUUAUUUCUCAUGUGAGCGUAUGCCUGGGGAUGAAACCCGAUGUGGUGUGACUGUCUGACAUGUUUAUGAUGUGUGUGCGAGCUGGUGUCAGUUUUUAGUAUUUGAGGAGGGAUUGAGCCGAGCUGCAGCACAUUUAACUGUGAAACUGAACCAUUUAGACCAGUGCUGAGGGAAACACUCCACACUGUUAAAUGGGUCAGUGCUCAGGGGGCAGAGUGUGUGUGCAUGAGUGUGAGUGUGUGUGUGUGUGUGCUGAAGAAAGUGAGAAAGACAACUCACUUAUUCAGUUUGCAGGCGCAGAGAAAGAGCAGAGACAGGCUAACUAUUGAGCGAAAGUCUGACCAGUGUGUGUGUGUGUGUGUGUGUGUGUUUGUGUGUGUUAGUGCGUGUGUGUUAAAAAUCUCAGGCGUUAUGGAGCCAGGGCCUGACACUCUCAGCUGCCACCCUUAACCUCUGACCUCUCAUCAGGGGGUGUAGAGGCCAGUGGGGGUCACCUGGGGUCAGAAUCUCUCGUGUCAGUAAGUCGGCGAGGUGUUCAUUAAAGUCCGGAUGAGGAUGUGCGUGUGCAGGGGGGGGUUACCAUGGCAGGCAUGUGUAGUUGUCAUGGUCAGGUGACUCUCAGUAGGUAAAGAUGAGAGAUCAUGAUGAGUUUUGUGAUUUCUUUCAGUCAGUGGUGUCAGAUAAUUUCACUGAAACAAUCGACUUUAUAGGUGUUGGUGCUUCCAAACCUUCGCCCUGCUUGGAUACUGUCGUACAAAAACAAUAACACCCCCUUAAGCCUGAUAAAUACACUUUUAAUGGAUACAACGACUCUGCCAACUUUACUUGGCAGCUUCUUAUUUAUUGAAUCACCACUCUGCUGUUGGUCCAAGUGAAUUUCUGGCUCAGGCAAUAUAAGAAAAAAUGAGGGGUAAACGUCAUUAUAUACAAAUCUGUUAAGCUGGUAAGCAGUCAGAGAGAUGUUGUGUUUCUAGCUGAGUAUCCUUGAGGUAGGGCUGCUCGAUUAUGCCAAAAACCUCUAUCAUGGUUAAACCUUUCUCAUUAAUCUUUCGUAACAGACCGAUGUCACCUGGAAAACGUUAGCUGGUUGAUGCUUCUUCAAGAUUUCAUGAUCAUUUUAACUUUUUGAAGACUGUUUUUAGCAUUUCUUGGUUUAAACUUUUAUGGCUUCACCUACAAAGUGACUCCGUCUCCCUCCAUCCUGUCUUGCCCAUCAGUCAAAGAGGUGCUGAUUUGCUCUCUGGCCUUCAGCUUAGUCACUUACAUCACCCCCCCACACACACACACAUUUACGCACACACACUCACCCCACACCAUCCAUCCAGUAUAACCUCAUCCUGCUGCCUCCAGGCUUACAGUUCAGGAUAUUAUGGAUUCAGACUGGAGUUAAAAUACCCCCUUCCCCCUCAGGCAGUGAAAUCUACCCUGCAGGGAGGAAGGUGGCUGCACCAUAAAGUAUAAAAACAUAUGAUUGGCUGACCGCCUUGACCUCUCACUUUCGCUCAUAAUGAGGCACAGUGUCACCGCAGAGUGACAUGCAAAUCCAAAAAACACCUGAAUAAAACACACACACACACACACACACACCACCACCAACCUCUCCCUGUGUCGCUCUAAUGAAGAGAUACAUAUUUGUACUAAUAAAUGUGUCAGGGUUUGUUUACUUAACCUCAUUUCUGAUCUCGACCUGAAACCAAACUCCUAACCUGCUUUAAAAUCCUAGAAAGAGUCAGAAAAUGUUAUUACUCGAGGAUUUUUGUUGAUUUUUGUGGUCGCUGCGAGAAAUUUAGUCCUCAGAAAACACAUGUGGGAGGACACACACUCACUCACACAUCAUGCAAAAGACAUUUCCUGACUUUAAUAGAGAGAUCUGCUAAGGAUAUCAUGGUCGACAGCCUCUGGUCACUUCACUUUAUUGGCUGAAAAAAGGGGGAAGCGUUUCAGAGCUCUGACCUCAUCCUGUGUUUUUGUGUGUGCACGGACUUGUCUGUGUGUGUGUGUGUGUGUGUGUGUGUGUGUGUGUGUGUGUUGGGGAGCAUUGAGUGUCAGCCAGCGAUGACAUUAUAGUUUGCCUAUGGAAAUGAUCUAGUGUGCAGCCACAGCCAGUUCAGGAUAAGGUUUCUUUCACCAGGUGGGAACAGUAAAGAGACAGCGGCUGGAGAUACAUUCAGUUUAAUGAUUUUAAUGAUCUGAUAGUUUAAUUAACACUCUUGACACUUUAACAAGUCGUACUUUUAGCCCAUAAUUAUGUCUAUUUUGGCCUUUCCGUUAGAGAAGCUUGAGUGUCUGAAGACCGAAUGUGUCUCUCUUUAAACUUUCAGGCCCCAGAAAUAAGAGCUCUAAUUCUCAGGACAAGUCAGUAAAGGAUGGGCAAACUCUACAAAUGUUUUAGUUGCUUUUUUGAGAUGAAAGUUGUCAUUAGAUCAACCAGAAGCGAUGUGUAACCAGCACAGACAUGUGGACUUAAAGACAGAGGGUUGGUGGAGCUAGCUCUGUUGGUGGUAGCCACACUCGAGAAACCUAUUUGACAUAAUUUUGACCCUGUGUUCAGCUGAGUUUAAUAAUUUGCGCUCAACUCUGCACCAAUUAAUCCAUCCUUUAACUUCAGUAGAUAGUUAUUUAGAGUUUAAAUGUCCAAUCAAAUGACUAUGAAAUGAGUCACAGAGCAUCUACCACUUCGGAGUAAUCCCUCUAUAUCACUAAAUAUAUUCUGUUUUUCAAUACUAAUAAUGCUUUCUUAUUUACCCAUUAAAGCACUUUGAACGACUCAGUGUUCUAACUAAACUUGUCCUGCUGUUUUUACCCAGCAACACCAUGAAUCUUGCAUCUUGCAUACUUUCACUUCAUGGUUUUACAGCUGGGAUUUUCCAGUGUAAAUUAUGGCCAAUUUUAUGACAUCUUUUAAACUCUGACUAACAUUCGCAUUGUCUGCAAACACCACACUGUCGUUUUUCUAUCAUCACACUAUAAUAUAAAUAAUUCUGAAUCAGUUCUUCUUUGCUGUUGGAAAACAGUAGAUGCUACAGGCAGCCAAUGAGAGCCAGUUGUGAUGGCAGUGAAAUUUCUCAUGUGUGCUGCUGGUUUGGAAAAACUAAAAUUAUGUGAAUUUUUAAGGCGAGUAAAUAAGAGCGUCUGAUCAUGGUGUUAACUAGAGUUAACUAGAAUCAAAUAAACUGUUCUUAAAUCAUAGAAUAAGUUCAAAAAGUUUCCUUUGUUUUGCUUUGGUUGUCGUGUGUAUUGUUGGACCAAUGAACAAAUCCAACCACUGUGGAUUCAGGAGGUGGUGCAGACCAGUGCCGGUCUCCACAAAAUGACAUCCUCUUUCAUCUGCAUGUUAACACACACUUUCUUUGUCCUUUGUUGUCUUUCCUCCACACGCAUACACACACACACACACACACACACACACACACACACACACACACACACACACACACACACACACACACACACACACACACACACAUACUGAGACAUCAGUGGCUUCUUGUCUGGAGUCUGGACAGCCUUUAUCUACAAGAAGGGGGUCAAACUUCUGCUGAUGCAAUCCUCUGUAUGCAGACACACACGUACAAGUUCAGUGGCUGACACACAAACAGUCCACACACACUCUCUGACUUACUUUUACACAAAUUCCUCUGGACUCACACACUUACAAACACACAGAAAUCGUCAAUGACUCAUUGUCACAUCUCUGACUCUCCUCUUUUACCUCUUUUUAGUUAAAGUCAGAGUUCAAAUGUUGCAUAAGGAACAAAGAAGCGAGCUGAGAUUUUCUUCUCCAGCCAGCAGUCUCCUCUUCAGUCAGAUCGUCUUGGCUCAUGUUGGAUCGUCGCCAUAAAAACCUGUUGAUCGCCCUGCAGUCAGAUUUGACUCACACACACACACACACACAGUGAGAGGAAGCCUCCAUAUGUAUACCUAUAAAGCUGCUAAACAGAUGGACAGAGUUAUAUAAGCGUGUGUCAUUGCUGCCUUCAGGGUCUCGGUCUGAGUCAUAGAGGUGACAAGAUGGUGUAUGUUAACGUACAAAACAGAAGACACUGAGCGAGAAAAGAAAAGUGGAAGUCAUUUAACCGGAAUUAAGUCAAAAACUUUCCGAGACAGGACUGAGUUUUAAAAGUGAAAAAGAAAGUUCAGGUGAUCAGAAAAAGAAAGGGAAAAGAGAAAGUCACAGCUGUUUGUCCAGCUGUUGUCCUCGGGGUAUGCGGUUGGUUUUUAUUAUGACGGAGACUUUACUCAUCUUCCCUUCGGAGCCUCCUCUGGUUUCAGGACUCUGAAUCAGAUUUAACUCAAUAACAAAGAGGAGCACUCUGCUGAAUGUGUAGUUUCACUCUGACCUUUUUUUUUUACUCGAGUUUCAUCUAGAAAAAACAGCUUACCCAUUGUUGCAGUACCUGUUUCUUGCCUUUCUUUAAUUGGACUGAUUGAAAUACUAGAUAUCUCAAUAACAUUAUUAUGAAAAUUUGAUAUCAUGACAGCAUUCUAUUCAUCAACACAGGUAACUACAGCGCAGCCGCAUCAAUAAAUGAAACAAAGUGGACGAAGUCUGUUAAUCCUGAAAUGUACCUCUACAGCAUAAAACAACAUUUUGAUCAUCAUCAAUAUUUAUGCACUGAACUGACAGAGAUGGCAGUAUAUAUGUUAAUAUGUGGACUAAAUUACGCCCAACAACUAAGAACCAAACUGCAAGGGUUUGGGUAAAAAGCCACAAAUCAACCUUAGUUUUCUUGCCAAGAAAAAAAGCCAAAUUGUGCACAAAACUACAUCCAUCCUGACAGAACACCUUGAAUUAUGACUUAUUCUGUGACGACAGGACACUGUGUUACAUGUUUCUAAGCUCAUUCUUCAUACCAGACUUUGACUUUAUGAAUCCCUCUCCAGCUUGAUUAUUCAUGCUGUGACAUUAGUAUUCCGUGUUGUGGGGUUUAUUGUACGCUGGCCCCUCAUUGUGCUCCAAAAAGUCAACAAUUCUCCUCACAAUGCUCUGCUUUUAACAAAGGUGUCCAUGUAUUUGUGGGCAGGCUGAAGACUCAAUUUAUCAACAUCACAUGAUGCACAAAGGAGCCGUUAGCCGCUCAUCCAUCAGGCUCAAAGGAGAGCGGCUCAGCUGUCAAUCUGACAUUCAGGAGGGAGGGAUGUGUGCUGAAUACGGAAGAUGUCCUCUUUUUGGGGACAGCGAGAUGUGAAAGGAGGCUGGUUCGACCGUUUGUGUGCGUGUGUGUGAGUGUGAGUGUGUGUGUGUGGGCUCUUCUGACAGAAGCAUUUCCCAGAUACAUGCAUAUAAAAAACAAAGGAGGAAGUGUUUUAACUGAAAGAGAAUUCAAACUUCUGCUCUGUGAUGAUGGUAAUUCAAGUAAUUCAACUCAGUCAAAUAACCCGGAGUCCUCAUGUGGUCUAGCUGCAGUUUUCAAAAAAUGAGCAGGUACAUUAGAGGUGAUCAUACAGGGCUUUUGUCUGCAAACCAGGUGAAGGUGCACAACACACAUCACUGGCUUUAUCUGAGGAGCAAGUUAGGACAGCCUGAUUUGGAACAAAUGAACUGAUCUGAGGUAAUCUUGCUUGCAUCACUUCCAGUUAGAAAUGGGUGUACCACAUAUACAUGUUAUUCUCACAGUCGUGCAGGUUGAGAAAAUUCAACAGAGGUGAUACAUUUUUGAAACACUGUCUAACCACAGUCUAAGGUGAGAUAGUUUUCUUGCCCACUGUAUAGUUGAAAGAGGUUUUGACACACAACACAAUCUCCAAAAAAGGCAGUGAUGGGGUGGACCAACGCCACAGCAACCGGGUUAUUGAUAUCGUGUAAAAUUCAGACUAUAAAUCCCACAGUCUGUUAGGUAGGAUUCAAGUCAGUGAAGUAGGUAGUGCCUAGCUUGAUUACCGCCAAAAAGCUAAUAUUCACUCUAGUUUUGAUCCGAACAUCUCUGUGUUUGUGGAUCAAACAGAAGAUGAGCUUUGAUGCUGCUUCAAACUUUUAGAAAAAUUUGGAAAAGAGAAACGGAAAAAUACUUCAGCCUGCCAAACGAUGACACAGCGUUUAAGGAGCUGACUCUAAAUGUGAAGCUUUAUGUGUUGUUGCAGCUAUUUGUCUACAAAGAAAGAAUGAAAGGCUUAAUUUAUAGCUGGGAUAGUGUUACGUAAAACUGUUCAAAGGGGAGUUAAGUCAUUUCACACUAAAACACAUGGAGACAGUUUCCUCCCUCCAGCAACAACAUCCAUUUGUUUCACGAUCGCUGACAUUGUUUGAGGUUGUGUUGUCUCUCAGCCUUUGUCAGUGAUGCGUCACUACCCUAAAUAUUCUGAAGUGUCCAUCUUUCCCCAUCUUUUAUCCUCAUUUAACACUGUUUCAAUGAGUUCUGAUUCCUGGCUCUGCAGGGCGAUGUGUCCCACUGAGCGCCAGUCUGAAAUCGGCUGCAUUCAUCUGCUGCCUUUAAUUGAAUUCACUCAGCCCUCUUUUUGGAUUUAUUUUUGGAUGGCACACAAAGAGGGACAAAAAAGGGAAGUAAUCCAACAUGGACGUCUGUUCUGUUUUAAUUAAUUACGUAACCAAUCACUUACGCAAUCUCGCUUUGAGGUUUAUUGUGCAUGAGAAAGUCCAAACUUGUCCAUCUUCCCAGUAAGACUUAGAGACUUUAUUUACACGUUCCUGAAGGGUUUACAAACAGAAGAGUGUCUUUAAACUUGGGCAAAGAGUGAUGGAGGAAUAAAAGUAGAAACUCUGUUCAUUAAGGAUAGGGUGUGUACACGUUUGUGUACACGAAAGAGACACAAACAGGCACAGACACAGAUAGAAAAUGUGUAUAUGUGCGUGUAAAAGGGGAUUUAAGGCUUUUAUCUGGCAGAGAGGAGUAAACAGGAAAGGAUGGAGCUCUCAAAGUAUUUCCUCUUCCUCUAAAGAAAAAAAAAAUCCCCCUUUUUUACAUCUGUCCACCAGUGGCACAUAUUGACGACAGAGGAGCAUACAGUUUCAAUUAAGGCAAAAAUGUCAGACAUUUCUGUCAUUGCCAAGCAAGCGAAGAGGGAUUUAGACUUUUAAAACAGUUGUUAUGAAAGCUUUGUAGAAGAAGAAGAAAGUAAAAGGAGGAAAAAUGGAAAAUGGGAAGAAUAUUUGAAAUGAAUAAGAAACAAUUACAGGUAUAGGAUGAAUUUAUGAGUCAAAUAGUCUGGUAAUUGAUCAUUUUGCUGCUCACAAGCAUGCAAAUGUAUGUGAAUUAUUGCAAUUCAGUUUUAACAAAAAAGAUUUCCUUCACUGAAACUAGUUGCAGCUAUGAGAAGGACUCGUAGAAAAAACUUUUGAAAUACAGAGGUAGAUAUCCUGUUUCUGUACCUUGUUCAGGUCGCAUGACCUGUUUGGAAAUCAACGAUUUCUCCAAAAUUGGUUCCCAUAAAAUUUACCUCUAUUCAUUUUAAAUUUAAAGUAACAUACCUUGUUGUACAAGUUGUUCAGUUACAAUCAAGAACUUAAAGUUUGGGCCAACAAAAACUAAAUAAUUGGAGGUAAACUACGUACACUGCAGACUAGAGGGUAGUUUCUUACAUCCAGAAAUUUGGUCACAAAAGCUGAAUUUUUUUUUUGUCUUGUCUGAAAACACAACCUUAAAUUUUGAUUUUUCAAAAAAUUUAAUGUAAACAAGCUGAAAGUUCCCCAGAGGAGCUUUAAAAAGUUUUAUUUUUUAACUAUCCUGCAGAGCUGAUGUGCUUUAAGACUUUCCUGCACCUCAAAUCUCCAGUUUUCAGGAGCUAACAGGAAGAAGCAGUUGCUGCACUGGGCGGGUAAUUAGCAUAAAUGUUUAAAACUUUUAGUGAUAAUUGGCUAAAAUCUGCCAUGUAAUCCUUACAGAAAUAUCCACUUAAGUAUGUUUUCGAUUUCUGCCAUGACUGUUCAGCAUCAAACAGUAAAGACUUGUCUUGUUAGUGUGGAGAUGUGUCCUGAACAGCUGUGUCAGACAUUUGUGUCAGACUCAGUGCCUACCUGCAGUUGUUGUCAGGAGCGAUCAGAUAGCAAAGUUUCUAGUUUGGAAAAUUUUGACACGGUUUACGUGAUUUUACCUUGGCCACGUUCAACACAUCUAAACCACAAACUUCUCUAAGUAGGCUGAAUAGUGUUUCUUUCUUUUCUCUACAGAGAAUGCUGUCUGACGCCGGUCAGCCCAGAGUCAUGUCCCCUGGUCCAGGCUUUCCUGGCUGAAUGUCCAGGCCGCAUAUUCCUUGGACACGCCCAAACACAGCUAAAGACAGGCCUGCAGACCCAGGAGAGACACCUCUUCCUCUUCACGGACACGCUGCUCGUCGCCAAAGCCAAGUAAGUUUCCUUCUGUCUGUUUUCUGAAAUGACAGAGUGAAAGAAGGAGUGUGUGUUUAUGUGGUUUUAUGAGUGAAAGCAUGACGGGAAAAGGGAGACAGAGAGGCGUAAACAGGAAAAAUCUGAAGUGACACAAAUAUGAGGAAAAAAGCAGCAAUUUUUCAACAGUUCCAAUUUUUCUUGAAAAAUAAAAAUCGACAACGAGUUCAGUUGUAUUCAUCUGCUGUCUUUCUUUUUCACUUUCCUUGCCUUACCCCCCAGCUGCUUCUUCUACUUCUCUCUCCCUCCCUCCCCAAGUAUAUAAUUAUUUCCCAGCCAAUUAAACCCAUAUGAAGCCUGGCUCAGAUCAAAGCCACACUGGCCUGCCUUGAGCAGAAAGUAUGGGGCUUCCCACCCACAAGCUGCAACACACACUCAUAGACACACAUUCAAAAAUAGAAACCUAAAAAGCAUAUGCAUGUUUUGAAGUCCAAAAAAACACGCAAACAUGUGCUAAUACCCACAUAUAAACACUCAAACAUGCAGGAACAGAGACAGACUGAUGCUGUGCGCACACAUAUACUUACUUGACACACAUACAGUACAUGCAUACUUCUCUGUGGACCUUUGUGGUCAUGUGCCAGUGGGUGGAGCUGACCCUUCCUGUAUGGAGAGCAUAUGCUAUAAUUGGUUUUAUUACAUUGUGGUUCAAAACAGAGUUAAGUUAAAGGAAUGUGUGCUGGUAUGUGUGUGUGUGUGAGAGAGAGAGAGAGAGAGAGAGAGAAGAAGUUAAUUGAUGUGUUUGUGUGUUUGCUUCCUUCAUAACCCUGGAGUCGCAAGGAGAGUGAAUGUGUUUGCCACAUGUGUACGUUUGGAGUUUUUCCUGCUUUAAUAACAGAUGUAGUGGUUGAUAAAUACACUUCUAGUGAGCCUACCAGUCUUAAAAAUGCUAAAAAUAGUUGAAGCUUUUUAUAUUCUGAUCUAUAUAAAAAGGACUUCUGAAAGAUUGCCAUAUGCAUGAGGUUUGUGGAGAAACAUUACAGAGAGAUGUUACAAAGAAAAUUAAAAGUUUGAAUGAAACUGUCGGGGACCCAAAUACAUUCCUUGUGGAACACCCCAAAAAAUCUAGUUUUCACUCAAAGGAGCUUUUUACAGAUUCUGUAAUUUAUUGAAAACACAUGUAAUAAGUAUGUGAUGAUACUAAAACUAAUCCGCAAAAGCAAUGAGACCAUCAACAUAGAGACUGACUGUCUCUAUAAAGUUAUUUUUAAAGUUUAAAAUUGCUGGCAGGGGUAGGUGUCAGUCAAAUUGAUGAACUGCAUGCUAACAAACCUUUUUUUUUUUCAAAUUUUCUAUGGCAAAAAUUUCAAGUGAGUAAUACAUUUGAGUUUUAAAAUACUAGAGUUACAUUUUUUCUGUGAUAAAACACCACUUUACCAUGUACAGGACAGCUAUGAGAUGUCCACAGGAUGCACCCAAAUCAUAAUAAAUUAGAAGUUCUUUGCGGGAUCUUUACCUCAUUAACAGAAUAUUUACUUGCAACUAGUUAGUCAGUUGAUGUAUUAUUAUCCAAGGAACUUUUAGCUCAAAAUGUAGAGGAUCUGAAUAUGUUCCCUGUGGAAAAACUUGAAAACAAAGGGUUUUUGUUUUUAGCAAAGGAUCUUAGAUACUGGUGCUUCUCACUUGUGGCUUUUUCAGUCUUUCUUCUAUUUGCCUGUCUACACAAACUCACAGAGACCGGCGAGAAGGGUUGCUUUGUGGUGCCUUAUCUUAAUGUAACUAACUUGUGUCUUUUCCAGGUCUCCAACUCAUUUCAAGGUGAAAUCCCAAGUCAGAGUGUGUGAAAUGUGGACCGCCAACUGCAUGGAUGAAGUCUGUGAGGGAAGCACAUAUGCAGAGAGAAGCUUCGUCAUGGGCUGGCCUACCUGCAACUAUGUGGCUACCUUCAGGUAUUCACAUUGAUUCACUAUAACAUAAAAGAAAAUGAAUGCCUUGGGGAGGAAUUGGCAGACAGGAACAAUUCAAUGUUACAACUUCCUGUUAUAUAACUUCAUUCAGUACAUCUGCCUGCAUUGCACGACACUGAAUCAUGCUGUGCACGAGGUACAUAUUUCUGGGAGUCACUUUAGCACACAUCUAAGCGGGAACACCGUGUACUGGGGUGCGAAUGUACACUAUAGAGGGAAACUCUAGACUCUACACACAACCACAAAAUCCCUAAACCUCUGAGUGUGAAGGCAGUUUCCAGUCCUAAAGCCGCUCAAUGUGACCGCAGGAAGACGAGAGUAAAUAACCAUGCGAGGACAACCGGCACGAACAUGUUACACAUGCAAACACAUUCUGAAAUGCUGUGUUGUAUAUUUGUAAUUUCCUCGAUGUUGUACACAUAUUUCUACUAAUUCAAAACCACUCGUUAUAGUUUCCGUCAUCAGGAAUCCAGUCGUAGCUCAAGGGGAGGGAUGUCUGCGGUUUUAGCCAACAGGAGUUACAUAACAGCCGAAGAGACAGUCGUUUGAAACAUGAUUUGACUCUUAUUAUGUUUUAUCACUCUCCUCCUCAGCUCCGAGGAAUAUAAAGACAAGUGGUUGACACUCGUAAAAAGGUAAGUGUUUGGUUUGAACCCCCUAUUAAUGCCUUUUGCUAUUUACUUUAUUGCAAAUCAAAUUUCCACUAAGUGGCAGGAAAUAUUUGAUUUGGAUGAAGGAGGUUAUAAAACUGAAGCUGGGGUGAUGUAAAUUAGAGGAGUUAUGAGAUGUAUUUAUAAGAUCUAAACCCUAAUAAAGAACAGAACCGAGCAAAGGCUUUCGAAACAAUCACCUAGCUGUUAUUUUACAUUGUCUCAUUGUCUGUAAAUGUUUCCCCUUUUCGGCUUGAUCGACUGUUUAUUCAAAUGCUACUGUUGUUUAUCACAGACAUCUUUUUCUCUUUAAACAGUCGGAUUCUUGAUGGGAAAGAGAAAGACGAUCCCAAGACCAUUCCUCUGAAGAUCUUUGCGAAGGACAUUGGAAAUUGUGCAUAUGUAAGGCUCUCCUCUUACUUCACUGAUUUUUACUGCCUCCAUCAGCACAAAAAUCAAUAUUGUUUGAUUGCAAAGCCUGUACUUGAGUGGGUAAUUUUUGACAUCAGUAGCAACCCAAACAACGACUAUUUUCCAUACUGUUUCCACCAGGCCAAGACACUUGCGGUCAGCAACACCGACAGCACCACUGAUGUCAUCCGCAUGGCUUUGCUGCAGUUUGGCAUAUCAGUGAGUAACCAAAGACCGCUGUUGAUUCUCUGCAUCAAAUCCAGCCGCCAUAAUUCGAUAUAAUGUUAAAAAGAGUCUCUGAUUGUUAAAGUGGACUCCACUGCUUUCCACUUUGGAUUGUGGAAUUAAGGUUUGAUUAGGUUUUGGUUUUAUUAUGCAACGUUUUAAUGGCGGGAAGCCCAGAAAUCAGCCACCUCCUGCUACUGGUCUUUGCCCUGUAUUUUCGAGACAGACAUUGUGGCCGAGUCAAAGGACCAAAGAGGAUAUUGACAAAGCAGAGAGAAAGAGAAAGAGAAAAAAGAAGCAAGACACCAGACUCAAGCAAAUCCUAGACUGGCUUUUACUAGUCAGGGAUGAAAAUAACGUGUUUUAAAGACAGCAGGGGCGUCAAAUUGCUGAUUUAAAAAAGACAAUCUUGCAUAACGUUGAUUGAAAUGUCUUUUUACGAUGUCUCAGAGGAUCAGUACUGAAGAGUGCAAACAAAGUCAAACCAGACUGUUGAGCAACUGACAGUUCAGAUUUAGAUAUAAUGUUGUCCUUGUAUUUUAGAUGCCAAGUUUACUAUUUUUACAACUUGAGUUCCUCUUCUUGUUAACAGUAUCGUCAAAGAGCAUGAAUGUGUUGGGUCACUGGCUAAUCUACAUUUAUAGAAGUCUUAAAAACAGAAAUAUACCCUGGUGAAGGUACUAUAGAAGUUCAAAGCAGUCAAAGAAUAUGCGAUUCAACUUCUUCUUUUUCAUUGUCCAGGGCUGCGUUAAAGACCACAGGUUGUGGGUGAACUCCAGUAAGGACGACCCUCCAUACCCUCUCAUUGGUGAGUCCACCUGUCAUAAACCUUGAAAAAACUUGUUCCUUUAGCUGGUAUUUUUGGUCCCUUCAUGAUACUACUGUUCCCUUGAAACCCACAUGGCUGCUUUUAAUGAUGUCUUCAUAAAUUCCUUAUAAAUGAAAAAUAGAAAAACCCGCCAAUCAUCCCCCCAUGAGGGAUGUUUUGGAAACUUAAAAGCACCAAAGCAGAGAAUACCCACAGUGGGGGUCUGCACUGUACAAUCACCAACAGAACAACAAAACCUCGACAUCUGGGAGCAUUUUAAAACACCUGGUUUCUGUCACAGCAGUAUUUCUGUAAUAUUUUGUUUCAAUAAUCCUUUGCUCUGUCGUUCACACUAAAUUUGAAACAUCCUGACCACUGAUUCAGAGAAGCACGACUCAAGUUAUAUCUACAUUUUUACCAACUUCUUUUUUUUUUACUUCAGCUCCGUGUCUAACCCUUAAGGUCUGAUUUGAUUUAGGCCACGAGUUUCCCUUCAGCAUCAAGAUGAGCCACAUCCGGGAUGGUGGGAGCAGCAGUGCAGGCGGACUAGGCCGGGACGCAGCAAGUCCGACAGACUGUCCAGGGGUGCUGCUUCUGGACCAGUGUCUCCCCCCGGACACCCAGUGCCAGUUUAUCCUCAAACCGAACAAGGCCAUGCAGGGACAGGCUCCACUGAUAGGUAAGACAAAGAAUCGCUUAGUGUCUCAAUUACUUUUCUUUAAGUUUAGUACGCACUAAAAACACACACAACACAACUCGCAGUAAAAUAAAGUUCACAUACAUCUUCGCAAGAAUAAGGUCAGGUAACAAUAUAUGAGGAUAAGGAAACAUGUUAUCUAACAGUGUUCGUUUGACAUAUAUAUUGAGUGGCUUUUGUUCAUUCUCAACAUUAGUCAACAGACUUGCAACACAGAGCUUUAUGGUUUCCAUCUAGAUGGUCAGUCUUUGUCAUGCAGUAUCCAUAAAUCUAUUUCUCUAUGUAACCGCAAGAGGAAACAUGUGGAUAGAGAAGUAUUAAAGCAGAACAGCAAGUACUUCCUUCAAAUUUGUAUCGCUUACAUAAACCGUUUCGGUUUGUUUGCGCUCAUUCUUGGCGCUUACUGACACACAGUCAUGUUGUUUUCUUUGAGGACGAGCUGGUGGGUGCGAAAGAAGGAAAGCAGUCAAAGAGAAUGGUGGGAAAGGAUAUUUUAGCAGACAAUGAGGGUUACAGCAAAGGUUAGAAGAGGCACAGUUGUCAAAAUAAAAAAACAGCAGACAGACAAAGAGGAAGAAACCCCAGAAGAGAUGGAUGAGGGUGAGAAUAGGAAGAUGGAAAAGAGAAAAGAGAUGACACAGCUAUUGGGUAAUCCUGAAGGUCAGCGUAGGUGACGAAAAACAAACAACAGGCUGUAAGAGAUAAACACAGAUUAAAAGAAUAGAUGAGAAAAAUGAGGAAAAGAAGAAAGAAAAACAAGAGGAUUGUGGACAGAAAGAAAGACGAGAAAUGGGGAUACAGAAACCAGGAUGGAAAAAGACGGGGACUGGGGUUAAGAGGAGAAAAGUGUAUGUUUUCCAGUCAAGGAGGCUUCAGUUUGCCAACCACAGUCUUCUCCUCGGAUUCCUUUGCCUCAAGCAAAACAGAGCCUUACAUAACCGUUCCAUACCAACCCCGCCGCCAUGUAAGCCUAAUGGUACACGCCCAACCCGAAAGCUAACGAAGUGUGUAUUUAUUGAGCUGCAGCCAUGGCAGAAGCCCCUUUGUGGGCAAUUAUUUUCAAACAAACCCACAGGCGAUUCAGCCUCCGAUGUAAGGCCUAACAGACUAAUUGGAACGUAUUUUCCCCCAAGCCUUUUCAGACUCACUGCAUACCUCAUGUGCACUUGAUAUCGGUUCGAGAUAAUUAAUUUCUGGCGUACGUUAAUCUUAAUGCAGUAAUGAUGCAUGAAUCCAAUAUUGGUACAGUACUGGAACAUUUUGUUUUAAACCUUGUUCAAAUGUUCAACAUGACAUAAGCCAAAAGACAUACAAUCUUCUCACAUGAUUGUAAGGGGAAAUAUUCAGUGUCAGCUUUUGUUACUUCUCAAUUGUCAAUAUUUGCGAUGAACUCAUUUGAUCUGAUUCCAGCAGGUUUGACAUCCAGUUUAACUGUCAAAUGAUAAUCCAGUCUGAAUAGGACAAAGACCUGUGGUGGCAUUUCAGCGCCAUAAAUGCCCCUUUUAUAGAACUUGGUUGAUUUGGCAAACCUUCCAUCAGGAUAUUGUCAGUCAGGUCCUUCUAAAACACUUCAGACCACUACAAAAACUGUUUAGAUGACUUAAUAUAAUGGCUGUUGAGGGUAAAACAACCACCAGGUUAAAACCAGAGCCAGAAUUUACACCUCUGUUUACUAGAUUGCUUGACAUCUGCGAGUUUGUUGCCAAUCUGGCCAAACAAACCUCGUCAUGUCUUGUGUUUUAUGAGGGGAACACCUCGUGUUGCACCUGUUUUGUAACACCAAAUGAUAAUUACAGCAGGAUGACAGACGUCGCCCACCCAUUCGACGAGGUAUCUGUUCCCUCGUUCCAACCUCUCCACAACUCUUCUCCGACUAGCAAACAGUUAUGAUGUAACGACGGAUUUACACCCAGGUCAUGUUUUUCUCAAUGAUGCCGAGGCCCGCUGAGAAGUGCCAGAGCAACCCGGUAAUUAUGUUACCGCUGAACUUUGUUCCAGAGAUUGUGCAGGCAUGACGCCAUGGCACAUCAUUAAAUGAUGAGUUCUGUGUGAGGUAUGUCACAUAUUUUUGUGGGUUCAAUUGGGCGGCUGAGUUCCUCCACCCAUUGGAAGAAUCUCAGGUCCAUCAGAAGAGCUCCACCCUUGGAUGCAAAUCAAGAAAAAAUGAUUAAGUUGGUGUUUUUAAAUUGAGAUCUUUAGGGAAUCACCUUGAUGGCCCUUUGCAAGAUUUACUCCAGUUUGUGCAGUUUUUGAAGAGGUGUAACGAAGCCCAGCAAUGGCAGUCGCCAUGUUGGGAAUGCUGGCUUAAUCUGACUUUUGGUCACCUAGCAACAGGAGAAGAGGUGGAGUUGAUGUGGGCCCUAAGCCCUCUGGCAAACAUCCGCAGCACACCAGCCUUUCAGUCAACUGUCUCGCCCACUUUAAGUAAAAAACAAAGGUCCUCUGAGUGUAACUGAUGAGGUGUUUAUUCUCUAUUUGAUAUUAGAAAUAUUCUAAAUUCUGACACUAAGUUUCUCGUUUGUGCUGUCCAUGAAUAUUAGUUUCAAAUAGAUUAUCGGCCUCAGGACCAGUUGAUAAUCUGUAUUUAGUAUUGGCCCUGAAAAAUCAAUGUUAGUCAACUCCUAAUCCUGACUUAUUCUCAGCCUGUAAUCAUGUCUGUUUCUGUCCUAAAAGUAGGCAUUCAAAUAAGGGCAUCAGUGGGGCAUCCCUGGUUUUUGUAGUGAGCCCCAAGUGGACAUCUAUGGAAUUACAUUUUCUUUUGCACUUCUGUAUUGGUUUCAUUUUUGAACACCUGGGAUUAUCUCUUUGUUUUAUCAGUUUUUCAUACAGUGUCCAGUAUCUGAGGGAGAAAUACUGUUUUGAAAUUAAAGACUGCUAUAUUAAGUGUUUCUGCUUGUUUUAAAUCCUUUAUUUUCUUUGUUUGGGAGAAGAAGUAAAGCCCACUUUUCCACGGUUUAAUCCUAAUGUAUAUUUGAAGGAGGAAACCAAAAACUCGUUGAAUAUCAAAAUGAAUUUCCAGAGCAUUUAAGUCCAUUAACUAAGACAUGCCUAGCUUCUAGUUUUCAGUCUUAUGUAAUAAAAGAUGUUUGUACUAAAGCUUGAAAAUGAGCCUGCGGUGUUGUUCCCAAAGUCACCUGUUUUCUGUUAGAUGAAGGCAGCGCAGCUCUGGAUCAGGAUCCUCCUGUUGUUUUCUUUCCUGCUGUUGAGGUCAUUUUGCGUUGACAUCAGUCUAAACAGGACAAUGUUUGCUGUAUGUUCUCAUCAUAAUCCACUCGGAUGCACACAUGCUAUGUAGUUUCAUAAGAGGAGAAUCCUGCCGUGCUGUUAUGUCACAGAGAACACGUCUGUGCUGAGAAGACACACCUGCACACAGACAGACACAGGUAGACAUUGUGACUUAGCACCACUGAGCAAAUGUCAAACAAGGAUCACAGUCACAGGCUGUCAGAGACCGACAAAGCCUCUUACAUGCACAUGUUUUCACGCACAAAGCACACAGAGAUGAACACAGACACCUAUAGACACAUGCAAAACCUCAAAUGGUGCUCUGGAGCGUGAGGGCAAGUCUGCAUGUGUUUCCCUCACAGACUGAAUCCACAGUUCUGCCCCUCUAUCGCUGUCUUUCUGUUCAAUCUGAGCCUAAAUAUGUAGAAACUCUAUAGGCUUUCUCUGACUUGGUGGAUGGAUCUUUUAACAAAUGUCUUUCGGGGUGUCACAAGUAAGAAAUAAGACUUAAGGUGCUUGCAACAAAACAAAUCUGUUGGUGGGGUGUGCAGAAUGUGCACAAGUUUCAUAAACUACUGCAUCUUUCCUUUUUCAAGAAACUUAGUGAUGUUUUCUUAUCACAUUGGCAGACAAUUCUGCUACUAACAAGCAAUGUCAGUCAAUUUUUUGAUUGUAACAUCCUGAAAAAACACAUGUCAGGAUGGAGGCUCAAAGGUUUUUUGACACGGACGAUUGUGAAAUUAACUGUAAUAUAUAGGGAUGUUAAAUGAUGUGCAAGAGCAAAGACCGUAAGGAGACAGUUUUUUAUAAUUUUUAAGGCUUGUAAACAAUGCGAGGGCAUAAGUCUCAGCUCAACAGCUAGAGAAAAAGCUCUGUUUUUAUGAUUUUCCCAUCAAAUAUCCACAAUAAAUGAUUUUUUUUAGUCAGAGGACAUAAGCAGAGACUGCCCUGCCCAUAAGGGUCGCCACAAACUAAAAGUUCUUAACAUGAGCUUUAAGUUACGUAUAAUGAUUUAUUUUGACUAGAAAUACAAUGUAAGACAGAAAGAUUUGUUUUGAUUUUUUUCAGUGUACAAGUCGAUAUAUCUUAGCUGUAACUAAUAAACACAAAGAAACACAAAGCAAGUAUCUUAAAUGUUGUGAAUGUAAAGCUGCCUCUGAAGUGUCUAUAAAGAGCUUUCAGACAUCCGGACUGUUUAUGGCCCAGUUUUCAACUAAAAACCAGGUUAAACCUCAGUUGGUCCAACAUCUGGGUCUUUUCAGGCUAACUGCUCAACAAUUCACAAACCUACAUUGUUGAAAAAUCCAAUGGGGACCCACACAAAUCAGAUAUUACAAAACACUAAAACAUGAGCUGAAGUUUUUGUGGAAUCAAGCCAUCAAGCAGUCCUGGACACGAAUGCUGUCCUGUGAGUCCAGCUCACAUUUUAAUAUCUGAAACCACAGCUCACUUCUCCCUCUUCUGUGUCACCCCCCACAGAGCCCGGUCAGCAGAAGUCCUUCAAGAGAAAAAGAUCUCUGAUCAACUGGCCUUUCUGGAAAGGCUCCAACACACAGCUGGACGGCCUUCCCUUGUCUCCCAACUCACUCUCCCCCACUCUGGGACGGCUGUUCGGACGACCCCUGAGCUCCGUCUCCUCUGCAGAGCACGGCCUGCCCAAGCCUGUCAUGGUGAGCUGAACAGAGGUCACAUAGGCCAGCAGGAGAGGGGUCAGGACUCAGUCUGGAGGGGGUUACGGGAUUUAUAGAGAGUUUACAGUGUGUUUGGAGAAAGAGAGAUGCAGUUGUUUACAAAAGUAGAUCAAGUCCUGGGUGGAGAGCCAGUCCUGGGUGAUAAAUCUUUGGGAGUUUUUGGUGUUAAUGCUCAGUAACUUUGCUGGACUUCUCAGAGAAAUGGUUUUAGUUUAAUUCCUAUUAAAGAAGAAAAGUGGAUUGGCUUGAGAAGUGAAACUCCAAUCUGCUGAAUAGGCAGGCUGAAACCAACACAUUUCACAAGACUGUUUACUUUCUGUGGAUCUCAUCCUUUGUCCAGUUUCAAAUAAAUGUAAUAGAUAUUUUUUGCUAGGCAUUUUAAUUUUUAACCCUUUCUGACCUUCUAUAUUUACCGUACAUACCAGUUCAUUUUUAGCUCUAACAGCUUUAACAGUUAACUCUGAUGGGGCACUUUCAAAUAAAGUCUCUUUUCUUCGUAAACAAUAAAACCCUCAUGAGUCAGCAGUAAAUAAAUGUAACAGAUUCCUCUCAGUCACCAAAUAAAACGGAUUCUCAGAAAUGAUGAUUCAGAAAUGAAACAAACAAACAACAGGCCCUGGCAAAGCGAAAUCCACUUAAUCUCUGUCGUUUUGACUUCCUUUGAUUUCAACAUCUUGGACUUCUGGCAGGUUUUCCACAAGCAAUCAAGUCCUUUGUGUUAAACAUUAAAGGCUUGAGUUAUAAACUCACAAAGUUGCUGCAGAUUUUAGGAUUUCGCUUCCACCAGAGUAAAAACUAUAACACUUUGUUCAGUGGCUAAGAUUAAAGACGGAGGAAAGUAAAUUUCCAGCUAGCCAGAUAAGAUUUCUCAGUAACACUACUAAAAAGCAUUUUUCACUCUCAGCCACUCGCUAACUUUUGCUAAACUUCACUGGUGGCUUAUAAGCAGUGAAGUCAUUUUAAUUUCUACACGCUGAAACAGAAGAAUGUAAUCUUCCACUGAGCGACUGUGUGAGUGUGGGCAGUCCAGAAUAUAGUAAAAAGAAAUCUGAACUGUAGGUAACCUUUCUUCUCCACUCCUCUUCUCUAGGACAUGCUGGUGUUCUUGUAUUUAGAGGGCCCGUACACCAGGGGUGUCUUCAGGCGCUCCGCGGGGGCCAAAGCCUGCAGGGAGCUGCGGGACAGGCUAGACAGCGGGACUGAGGACCCAGAGAUCACACACCAGUCUGUGUUCGUUAUUGCCGCUGUCCUCAAGGUAACACACAAACACACUUAACCUAACACAGAGCCAUACUCUACUUCUCUGUACUGGUUUGAAACCAGAAGACAGAGAGCGGGAGUGUCUGAUGUGCGUCCAAAGUCACCUAAAGUCCAGACAGGAUAAUCUGUCUGUGCUCAGCCAGGCAGGCUGCCAGUCACACACACAAGGUGCUGCAUUGUUCAGCAUCCAGACCUAACAGCCACCACAGAGUGGAGCAUCCAGGGAGCCGCAGAGGUGGCUCUCCAGUUUAAUACAGAGCUGAUUCAUCUCUUCACUCUGUUAUGGUUUACCUGCUUUCUGCACAAUGGACAAUUAUUGUGACUCACCUGAGACAGAGAAAAAUGAUGUUGAGCAAUCAGCCCUUUGACAGAUAAUCAACCGAUGGCACUUGAAAUAACAGCUGAAGUGCUUACGUUCCUCAAUGAAAAAUGUAGAGUGCCCUCAUCUGAAUAUCAGUCAGCCUCUGUCCUUUUCCGGUGAGACAAAAAUAGAUAUUAAUCACUUUUAAGCACAAAAUGUAAGAGUUACAUCAUCGGUUUUUGGCAUUUACAUUGUGUCCUUUUGAAUUCAGAGUCAUUUUUUAUAUUUUUUAGAUGUAAGAGAUUAACCCAGAUCUUGAUUGUUGAGUUAAGGAUGUUUUUUUUGUUUGUUUUUGUUUUUGCACACAGGACUUCCUGCGAAACAUCCCAGGCAGCAUCCUGUGUGCUGAUCUGUACGAGCAGUGGAUGGAUAUGAUGGAAGGAGAGGGAGGAGAGGAGAGGAUUCAAGCUGUCCAGAGGUAGAAAAACUGAAUCAUAAUCCCAAAUUUGAAAUAACAUCAUGCUCAACACUAAGACUAAUGAUUUGUAGAAGAAUGUACAGUGUGUUAUUCUGUAGACCUGAAUUCAUGAGAACUUCUGUUUGAGUUUGUCUCUGACUCGAAGUCCGUCUCCUCUCUGUCAGGCUGCUGAACCUCUUGCCUCCUGAGAACCUGCUUCUGCUGCGUCAUGUGAUCGCCGUGCUGCACUGUAUCCAAGGCAACGCACACGACAACCAGAUGAACGCCUUUAACCUGUCAGUCUGCAUCGCCCCCAGCAUGCUUUGGGCACCGGCGCCGAGCACCCCUGAGAUGGAGGGAGAGGGCACCAAAAAGGUGAGGAUGGACACACACACUAAUAAAGUUAUGAGGUAUUUUAACCUGUUGAUAAAUCCCUGAUUGGCAGACGGUAAGAUAUUAUAAAUGAUUUGAAUUCAAACUUUAUUAUAUUGGCUUUUUUGAGAGCGUAAUUAGAAGAUUAAAGAGAUAUUUUGGCAUAAAAUCAAUUAAAUCAAUCAAUUACCUAAAUUAAUUUCACGCUGGAAUAUCCCUUUAAUGUCAGGUCAAGAUAUAGAGCUCAUCAAAUAACAACAAUCAAUACCCAGAAAUUUCCCUCUGAGUUCACUGAGCAGCUUGCAGAGACAGGGACUUUCACGUUUCAGUGGAAUAAUAGAUGUAAACUCCCUCAGCAUGCGUGUGUACGUGCUGCUGCGACAGACAGACAGAUGAUAUGAGGAGCUGAGAUCUCACUGACUCACUCCUCUAUGUGUGUGUGCACACGUGUCCACACACUGACGUCUCUGAAGCCAUUCGUCAGCAGCAGCCGUACAGUUUCCCCCGAGCAGCUUUGACCUCCAAGCAGGAGCUGACCCAGUAACACAGCUGCAACACACACACCCAACCCCACACACACACACACACACCAACACACACACAUGCUCAGUCACAUUCGCAUGUCGUCACUGCCGAUCACUCAUAAGCUAAAAUCACAACACUCUUACAGUCGACUGAGCCAGAAAUCCCCGAGCUUAGAGCAAGACUUGACAGGAAAGAGGAGAGAUUCACAGUUUCACUCUGACGUGCUCCCAAACACACAAGGAAAUCUGUUUCUCAUUUACUGCUUUACGGCUCACAGAAAUAUUUCACCAUUAGAGGAUUAGUUUCUCCAAUGUCAUAUAUGCAUCUGAUGAUAUGUAUGCAUACAAAUUCAGUUUUACUUCUUCUGGCUCAUACCAAACAACAUUUUUAAAGUGAUUUAACUGUUACCACUCAGUCAGAGUUUCAGUCUUUUUUUUUUAAUGGCAUUAAAAAACUUACAGCAAUAUUUUAGUUCUCAAUAGAUUCUCGUUUGCGGUCAGAUCUUGUAUUCUGUUACUUCAGGUCUCUUUUAAAGUGUCUCUUUAAACAUUUUUAAGUUGCUUUUAAGUCUUAAUGUAAGAAAAGGGCAUUUAGCAUUCAAAGUUGGUUUAAAUUACAGUAAGCCAGUGAACUCUUUUCUAGAUAAACAGACGUUAAUUAUUUUUGUAAAGUGAAAACAUCCUCUGCAGGAAUGAUCCUUGUGCUGGGUAUUUAGGCUCUUUUGGCUCCGUAUUGUUUCUUCCUCAAAUGCUGGUCAGCCAGGAUAACCUGAACUGACUUCAUUUCCCAGCAGCAGCCACAGAGGAAGCCCCCUGACCCACCAAAGCCCAUGAUACUCUCACUAAGACUGAAAGAAUACAAAGCCCACUGAUUUGUGGCCUAUUUGGAAAGUCACCACAGUUGACUUAAACACACAAUCUCAGUGGGUGGCUGCCCGGCAUAUCUUUUCAGAUACGUGUGUGUGUGUGUGUGUGUGUGUGUGUGUGUGUGUGUGUGUGUGUGUGUGUGUGUGUGUGUGUGUGUGUGUGUGUGUGUGUGUGUGUGUGUAUGUUGGAGGUGGCUGAGGUUCAUUGAGAAAACAUGCAAAGAAUUUCCAACAGAAUCCCGAGGCCGAGUGUGUGUUUUAGUGGAAAACUGUGUCGCUGCAACACCCUUCCCUACCCUGUCCCUCUUUACACACACAUGCACAGCUCUAAUUCUCCAACACCCACAAAUUCCUGAAUAUCUCUAACACAAAUACCCCCUGAUAACACUUUCCCUCCCCACAUGCUGCUUGUUUGUGUGCAGGCGGCCUUAUUCUGGGAAAAAAGGCUACAAAAAAUAACAAAAGGGAGAUUUCAACAUUUCCCUCCUCGCGGUCAGAGCCGGGGGCCAACUUAAACCGGCGUGGGCCCCUGACCGCGUAAUGGCUGGUUUCCAGCCUUGUCAUAAGACACGUGAGAGCUCAGUUUCAGCCAAUUCGGUCCAGCCUGUCUUCACCUCUGCAGCGUAUAAUUUAGAUAUUUUUGGCUGGACAGACUGUAGCUGUUUGGGAGUGACUGAGGUAAAAACAGCUUUAGUGUGUUUGACUUUAGAUGGAGACAGAGAGAGAUAGAUCAUCAAAAACAACUUUGUUUUCCUCCUUGGUUUGGUUCUUGAAAUGUAAACUUGAUGCUUGUUCUUCUUUGUUUGAUCCACAUUGCUUGUGUCUAUUAGUGGAAAAAACACAGCUGGAUUUCUGUGUUGACGGCCCCUCAGAGGUGACCCACUGACACACAGCUGGAACAUCCUUUAAAGCACACACACCGACACUCAGACACAAACUGUGUGUGUGUGUGUGCUCUGCGUCUACAGCAGUGAUAGAAAGUCAGCUCUCAACCUGCUCUCCUACUGUAAAUAACUUCGUGAAAGACAGGUAGAAUUUGUCCUGUUUCCUGAAUGGUUUAAAGACGGUUUAAAAAAACAUCCUACUGAAGCAAAAAAGAAGAAGCUGUUCUGAAAAGGCUCUUGAUGGAGUGGGUUGAGUCACCUGUGUGCCUACGGGCUCUCUGUACUAGUGCUUUGCAACACGUAGCAGCUCUCUCUGAGCGACAGGAGGAAUGCUUGGUGAGUGAUGGGAGGAGGUGAGGGUACGGAGAGAAUAGCAGGUGAGAUAAGAGUGAAUGAAGAGAGGCAAGCUGUCCAAAGACUAGGGAACAAGUGAAAGGAAAGGAAAGGAAAGGAAAGGAAAGAAGGAGGUGAAAGGCUUGUGUACUCAACAAAAACUCAAAUCAAAGAGUUUUUGUCUUAAUUCUGGUAAAAAAAAAAGUCUUAACUUAAGCAGCGUUUGCCUUAAAAGUCCAGAAAAAGGGCUUAUUUCACAAAAAUUUCAUGGCAAAAAUAAGUAAAAAACAGAAAAGCCACCAAAGGAAAAAUAACAUAAUUACCUUUUUUCCCUCAUUUCAAGCUAUUCAGUCCUAUUUUUGGCAUGAAAUAAGCUGUUUUUCUGGACCUGUCUGCUGAAUGUGGCUUCAGUUCAUCGGUAUAAGACUUUCUACCAGCAGUAAGACAACAAAAACCUCAGAUUUGAGGGUGUUUUUCAGUGUUGCAACCAGUGGUGUAAAGUAAAUAUGCUCUGUUAUUAAACUUGAGUAUUUUUAGUGAGUAUGUACUUAUUGUCAGAAAAAAAGUAGAAAUAUUCUGAACACUUUCUUUUUUUUUUUACAUUAGCUGCUGUUUUAAAGUACAUUUGUGUAAAAACAGUCCACAUCAACAAGAACGUUUCAUUUUCAUAGUCAUACAUCUCUGCUGGAUUUGUCCACAGAGCUUAAAUCUGAGCGACACACUCUGAACAGGCUGCAUUUCAAUAAUCCAUCUCUCAUUCUGUUAAGUUUUCCAGGGAACAGUUUAUUUUUAUAACAUGUAGGUCAAAUGCAGCAAAACACAUGUACUCCAAUGCCCUACUACAUACAGUCAGUCUGAGAGCAGACAUGCUUUGUAUUGUUUUUUUAAAGCCAGUCCAACCCAUAAUCCUCGUUGCGACAGAAGAUUUAUCACAUUGGCUGAAUCACUGAGAGAGAGCAGACAGAUGACGGUGCAAUGAUGGACACCAGUGCAAGAACAGGGCAGAGAUGACAGAUGUUUGUACAUCUGUGGAGGGCAGUGUCUUAUGAGAAAGCAGACUGUUUCUAUUUAUUUAUAGAUGUUCUCUGCAAGAGCAGCUGUCUGUGAUAGUGCACAAAAAGUAGAGGUUGACUUUUGACAUGUGGGCCUUUAAAUCCAUGCAGCUUUUUUCUGCAUUUUCAGAGUGAAUUGGUUAUUGACUGCAUUCUUCUGUGGUACAUGUGCACCUGCCUGUUGCCAGCUGGACAGCCUGUCAGUAUCACAUGAUGUUCUGUUUUUCUCAGCUAUGAGACAGUGGAACAUGUCACAAAGCUGCAGCAAUAUCCAAAUAUCUCACCUGUAAUCUCAAACAGGUUUAUUCACUUUGGGAUGAUUGAGUCAUCUCACUCUCCCUGAAGUAACUCACUCACAUGCCUCUGUGUUUUUCACAGUGAUGCACUCUACCUGUGCUGAUAGUAAAACUGAUAGGACAGAGCAGCUGCAUAUGAUCUACCUGCAGGUUCUCAUGUUGUUUGCUAUUAGGAGUCCCAGACAGUAAAGGUAUGUGCGAUGGAGAUUGCUUUUGCAGCACAGUCACAGCAGCUCAUUGUCUGCACAGAUGGGAGUUUCAUGAACGUAAAGUACAGCCAAGUAGCUUUCAUACAGCUGUUAUAUGUACAUGUGAUACCUUAAGAACGGUAGUGAUCUCACUGUGAAGGUAAAACCAGAAGCUGCAUUUGAUCUUUAAAAAUAUUUAAGGGAUUAACCGUGCCGUGUGGUUUAAAUGAAAGUCUAGUGAAUUUAAUCAAAGCCGCUAUAAAGACGUUUUUUUUUUGGCACGAAUGAAAUAGACUAAAAUUCAUAUUGAUAUCUUUUUCAUGAUUUCAAAGACUCAAUAAAACCAUGAGGCAAAGAUUGAUAAUUCCUAUAGAGUCAUUCUUAAUGCCUGAAACUGUUCCGAGGUAGGAGUCAAAAAGCAUUAGCAGAAACAGCCUUUAUUUCACAAUUUUCACAUACAAUAAUCACAAUAGAUUACAUACUGACCCUUUACUGACCCUAUUUCAACAUGUAAAUAAAGAUUGUUUUCUACUGGCUUCGUGAGAAAAUGAGUCUCAGACCUCAAUAAACUUAUAUCUCCCUCAUUCUCAGCAGGUUGUGCGCUGUUUUGCUAUACAGUCUCAUCAUGUCUAUAAACUGGGUCCUGUUACCCUUUUGGAUGCUACACAGACAUAUGAAGAGACAACAGCUGGCCCUACAAACAAACACAGAGGCCCUACGGAGUAUUGGUCUCAGUUUCCAUAGUGUCAUGGCGGCAGGGCCAUGCUGGGAAAAACAACGCAUUCAUAAACACAACAGGCAGGUUUUAGUGGGAAUUUUCCACAAGUUGAGGGAGAAGAUGAAUCUGAGGUUCCAGAGUGUCGCUGGUGUUUGGAUCACAGGACAUCAUACUGUAUGUUCUCGGUGAAUUGUGUCUGUUUAGUUAAAAAGACGGUGAAUGGUUUCGGUCAAGUGAUAUGAUUUGUUUGGUGGACAGAUGCCAACUAAGCUGAUAAUUCCCGAAAACCACAGACGUUGUGUCGGCCUUUUUUCAAACUUGGACAGUGUUUGCUCCUUUUUCAAAUCUAUUACUCCCUUUAUACCUUCUGCAGCGGUUAUCAUGAGUAUUUGCAACAAAUUACCAUGACUUUAAUGCGCUUAUCUCAGAAAACAUUACAAAUUAUGUCUCGUCUGUCAAAAGCUCAUACUUUGGGUGCGUCUGUCUCAGUGUUUCGACACACAUUUAAGCAGGCGAUAAUCAAAGCCAAUACAUGAUGUCACAUCCUAUUAUCUGGACAUUAUCCAGGACCGGAAAAAAAGAAGUUUGAUAUUUUCUCUAUCAGUGUGGAAUGCAAAUACUCUUGUAGUUGGAAGUGCAAACAAAUGAAGGCUUUUCUCAGAGGGAUGAUAUGGGACACCCACAAAAAAAACAACUCUAGACAGCUGUUUGGAGUCGGUAUCACAAAGUUAUUUAGGUCAAAGCUAGUUGCUACAGAAGCACACACAAAAAUCCCAUUAAUUUCCAAUGUUUCAGCAAACCACAGGAUUUCUAAUCACUGCCAAAAUGUUUACUUGACAGCAUGAUUUUACUUAUUGUUAUUACGGGGUGUGUAUUUUCUUUGACUUUGGCAAAUUUGUACACUGUGAGACUUUGCAAAAAUGCACGCUCAGUAAAUCACUUGCAAACUUUGGAUCAGGAACUGUUUCAACAAAUAAAGCUCUGCAGAACCCAUCACAGGGCCGAUGAUAAGCAACUGCAAAGAGAAAUGGAAAUGUCGCUGUUUUAACCAAAGUGCUGUUCGUCUCCUCACCACAGGUGUGUGAGCUGGUCCGCCUCCUUAUCGAGAACUGCUGCAGCGUCCUGGGAGAAGACGUCACCUCGCUGUUCAGGAGCUUCAGCCAGAAAAGCAGCAGCAGUGACCAUGGAUCAGGUGAGAUCUCGGAUGAAGAAGAUUACUUGGGCAAAGAAAGAAGAGAGGACGUUAACUUCCCUCAGAGGGCACUUUUUUAUGAGUCAUUCAGAAGGGCAGCUAUUAAAGCUAUUUUUAAAGUAUUUUCAAUGGAAAGAGCACCAGAGGGGGUAUAUUAUGUUUUAUUAAUGCCAGGAGCAUCCAAGAAGGCACUUCCCCAGCCUUUUUGAGACAUGUGGACACCAUUAGAAAGAUGAAUAGAUGCCAAAUAAGGAAAUCAAGAUCUGUGUAUCAAACUUUAACCCAAAUUCCCAGUUCUGUUCCUUCAUCACUAGAUUGAUUUGGUUGGUACGUAUCCCAUCAUUUUAUCAUCUUGAAAUCCCAGAAGUCACAUUUCUGAUUCAGCUCCAUUAGAUAAACAUGAGCAGAUGACGAAAAAAGGAAGCGCAUUACAGGAAGUGUUUGUGUCUGAAUUCCUGUGUUUUCCCAGAAAUGCAACAAAAAGGCACGUGUUAUAAUCCAAAUGUUUCACCAUGUUUGCUACAACACAAACAACUUGAUGUUUUAUCAAAGUGACAUUUUCAUUGGAAGGUUUUUGCAAGUGGAAAAAUCAGGCUGUCCAUAAAAGCAUCAAACUGUAACUAAACUGAGGUUUCUAUUCAUAAAACCUGCCGGUAUGUCAGCAGAGUGAAAGACGCACACAGUAUUUCCCAGCAGCCUUAAUACCCAACCUGCGGCCCCAGCAACAGCUCCAUAUCCUUACCUUCUUGUUCUCUGAAAAGUUCCCGUUGGCUGAAACCGGUUAAGUGUGUCGUCUCUUAAAAUAUUGCAGCUCAACAGGGAUGUAAUUAAAUGUGUUAGGUUCCCUCAGACCCGUUGAUUGGGGUCAGCAGGUCGACCUGAGGUAGUUUCAGUGAUUGGCGAGGUCACGGCGUUGAAUCUCCUCAUUCAUAAAUAACAUUUACUUUGUUCCCCACUCUAUAAAUAAUCACCAGGGGUUUAAGGAGUGCACGGCAGGACAACACUUUGUGCCCUGUUCUCCUCAUUUUUAGCAAUGAACUAUGGCUUUCUUCAUUUCGAAGGAGUCAAGAAGCUUGGGUUCCCUCAGGCCGACUCCUAACCCUUUAUUCAGCUGUUAGGAUAUUAAUCGGAUAUUAGGAAAGUGAACUUUUGGGGUGGAACAAGAAGUCUUAACCACUACUUUUAAGUAAUCUAAGUAAUCUAAGUUAUUGUAAUGUACAGUAAGACUGAAAAAAACUAACAGUCAUUCAAUAUAAUUUUUUUUCCAGAUGCGUCGUCCUUCCAGAUGAACGACUCGUCCUAUGACAGCCUGGAGAACGAGUUAAACGACGACCCUGAGUCCCCCUACCAGGAGCAGCUGCCCCUUCGUGACAAAGACAAGCCGGACAGCCGCAGCCGUGACUCUGUCAUCACCCUCAGCGACUGUGACCCUGAUCCAGACCCUGACUCCGAAAUCCUGCUGCAGCUCCCCCCGCUGUCCAGACCCAGGAGGUUCAGCCCUGCUGCCCGUCAGAACCGCAACCGCCAGGCAAACGGCCAAUCGCAGGGCCCAAGGAGGCUGAGGAGGAGUUCAGAGCCCGCUUUGGCAGUUGCAAACACAGCGCCGACUGGCACGGUGAUGAUCCACGUCGAUACUGACCAUGUUUCCUUGAGGAAAGCGAGUUACGAUGCUGCCAUGCACGGCGAGAGGGAGGAGGAUGAGGUAUUUCUGGAGCAGGGGCUCAACGGGCUGCAGCUGAAGGAGGAGGCAGCAGACAAAUGUGAGAAGGGAGGAGUCAAAGUCCAGAGUGUUGGGCGGAGAAAGUCGAAGCAUGCUCCUCCGCCUCCAUUGCGUUUGGAUGCAAGUUGCUCCAGCUUGUCGUCCCCGGCAACAUCACCCACAGGCUCCUCCCUAAGCUCUUUAGACUCCGCCUUCUCCCAGUACUCCACUGACUACAACACCAAUGGAGUGAUUCCAGUGGUUGAGCCUGCUCCUGUUUCUCCUCUUUUUCCUGGACGGCCUCAGGUGUCACCCAGGGGCUCGCCUCCUCAGAGAGAAGCCCCGCCUACUUGGCCGCAGUCUACCCCGCCAUCUCGGACCAGCCAAAACCCCCAGAACUCUCACGGCCUCCACCCUAACACAUGGCUGAAGAAGGAUCGCCGCCUGUCAUUGAAGCAAAGUGAAAAUGGACACGUGGAGAAGGACCCGGCAGUGGUCAAUGGUAAAAUCCAUCCAAUCAGUAACGGCUUCUCUACAAGUGACGCCAUGACAACGAGCGAACACAGAUCCAGCAGCCCUCCGUCCUACCAGCAGGCGCUACUGCAGCUGCAGCGCACUCGCUCACCUUUCUACAGGGGGACUGAGAAACCUCUGACAGUCAGAGAGCUGAGGCAGCUCCACGACCAGACCUGCACCUACAAACCCUCAAACAGCGCCACAUCACAAACAGGAAGUGAGGUAACACAGAGGGUGGCGAAAACUGAUUCCCUGCUGCCCCCACAGGGUGUUUUCUUUGGACAGAGCGCCACCACCCUGGUCCUUCAGAGGCAAAAGUCCCACUCUCUCACUCCCACCACAGAGUCGCAAAAAGGGAGAAAGACACUUCCCCUUCCCCGGCGAGCAUCCGAACCUGCCAAGACCACGGCGAACUCUCACCCCUCCUCCAGCCUCACCCUGGACAGACCUCGCUCUUCUAAAGGUCAGACCCAAAACGGCGGCCUCAGAGUGUCAGAGGUGGAGCCAAACCACACAGAGCCACGCUUCUGCCUGUCUCCCUCCGCGACCCGAGCUGUCAGAGACUACUUUUCCUCCCAAGGUCAGGAGGAUGCAGACGCCUGCCUGAGGAGGAGUCAGGAGGUGGCGAUGGCGAUCAUGCAGGGGAAGAGGGAAUGGCAGAGCAGGAGGUGCAGUGACCCACGGGUGGAUGAGUUUGAACAGCUGUUUUUUGCAGAAGAGUCAUAUGUGUAAAUAAUAACUUUGUACAGACACACUGUAAAAAAAACUCUUUUUUCUCAUCUAAAUUGUGUGUACAGUUGUCUUUACUGUUGAUGUUUUAACAUUCAGCCAAACACACCUUUGUUUUCUGAACAGAAAUCAGCCCGAUAGAGAUGGCUGUUGCAAAUUUUUCCCAUGGUACAUCCAAGGUGUGAGACUUUAAAGGUACAGAUACACUUUUUGUGUUCACUGUUUAUCGGGAGAGUAAUAAUUUAAAAUAUUUCAUGAAAUAGAUGUAAAAGCAUUUCUUGUAAUUGCCAGAAUUGACCUGCCAUUAGGACCCUUAAAAUAUUUAUUGAUGCUUGUUUGACUAAGCUGAUACAGAGAAGAUUUAUUUAAAAUUGGACAUAUGAGUCGAUUUAGUCAUAACAGUCCGGCGUUGCAGCUCAUGUGCCAAAAAUCCUGCUCCUUUGAAAAUAUUUUUAUCUGGCAGUGUGUCCUUGUUUUUCCCCUGAAUGUUUCAUUGAUUUUUAAUAGCUUAAUAAGGAAAAAGUGAAGGAAAAGAGCAUCAUAAAAAGAUGAAAAAUAAAGUACAAAGAAGCCCCUACUUCUUUAGAAGUUUCUAAAAAGAAAAGAAGAGCAAUUUGAUCUGCAGGCCAUAGCUAAGUAACUUUUUUGUUGUCAGUUUUUACAGCAAAACAUAAAAUUCAACAGAGCAAAAAGCAAAAUAAGACUUUUUUUUGCAUUUGAUGUUUUAUUUUUCACCAAGAUCACAAACUUUGCAGAACAAGUGUUUGUUAAUGCUGCCCCCUUUAGCUGUAAGGACAACAACAUGGUCAUGUUACUGCUGUGACCUCAUACUUAUACAAUGAAGAUGCUUUUACCACUUAGUCAACACCACCUGUGAUGUUUUCUGGAGUGCCAAAGGCGUAAAGUUUUGUAUCAUGUGCCCCUGCUGUACAUACUUGUAACAUCUUGGACUAUUUUAACAACAUUUAUAUUUUUCAUCCAAGUGGUUGUAUGUCUGAUCUGGUGAUACAACAAGGCCUGUAUUUAUUCAUAUGAGUGAGUCGUCAGACACACAGCACACAGUGUUGUCGUGUCACUCUGGUUUAUGUUUGUCUGACCUGGGAAGGAGGGGAGGGACGAAAAAGUGUGUGUUUGUGUGAAAGACAGGAAGAAAGAAAGUUGAGUAUAAAUAUAAUUAUUGCCAGCGUGUUCCUAUGCAGGAUUGUGAGAAAACUUGUGCCACUGAGGGAGAAAUGUCCUUUUAUUGUUGCAUUUAUAGCACUUCAUUAAUCUCACUGAGAAAAUCUUUCAGUCUUAAAAGAAUAACUAGGACACAGUCUGUUGUGUGUGUGUGUGUAUGUGAAAGUUCACUCGAGUUGUCUAACAAAAUGAAAACAGUUUUCAAACUGUUCAAAAUGUCCUCAUUUCACCAUAUUCACAAUACUUCUCUAAUGUCCUGCUCAGCUGAAAAACUAUUUUCAAGAAGAAAAUUCUGUAUUUCUGUGUUUCAGGCAGCAAGGCGCAAAAUAUCCGAAAAUAAACUUAAAUUUCUGAUUUGACGAUAAACUGGAGAAGAUGGAAGCACAGAGAGUGAAGAAUCAUCAGCAAUUGUUCAGCUAGUUUCAGCUGUUGUCUUUCUGUCUUAGUGAAAACUAGUGUUAGCUAGCUAUCAGUACUGUUAGCAAGAACUUGGCUCUGUUUUUAUGAUAGCAUGGCGUGCUAUCAAACUGUAAUUCAAGUUAGGAAGCAGUAUAGCACUAGCACUAGUUGCUGUAGCAUUUAGACAACUUCCCUAUGACAGGACUUGUAGCAUAACUGAACUGAAAUGUUAGCGAGGUGCUAACAUCAGCUGUUGUUAGCAUCGGAAUACUCCCUAGCUUAAAUAAGCUUAACUGUUGACUCAUCAAAUUUGUCGCUGACAUUGAAAUACAGCUGUUUUUCCUCCAUUUUUUUUCUAUCUAUUAAUGUUUCUGUUUAAUUCGAGAGCCACAAAAUUUACAACGAAUUUUAGAUAUGUUGUAUAUGAUUCUGGUCCUGUAACUCUUUAAGAUUUAAAGCUGCCCACCUUGAGCAUGACAUCAGAGCAAAUGCAAAUAUGGUGAAUAAGAAUAUGAUAUUUGCUUCUUUUUUUAGGUGACAGUUAACACUAAACAAUCUUGUUUCAGCGUGCAUCGGUUGACAGUGUGAAACAUAACUUUCUCAAGUAUUAACACAGUGUUGAAAUGAAAUUAACACACGCUGGAAUAAGGCCAUUGUCAUGUUAAGUGUUACCAACCAAAAUAGUCUCAUAAAGUACUUUAUCCUGUAUUAUUUUAAUGUUUUAAAUGUUAUCUCCAUUACAGUGACUUGUGUUAACUUGUAUAGUUCUCCAUAUUUAUGAUACAGAAAUAUCUAAUUAUAUAUAAAAAUAUUAUCUUGUAACUUUGGUAUGUUGUGUUGUGUGAGAAAAUCAAAUGUGUAUUUUUGUACAUGCCAAUUCUGCUGCUGCUGUCUCAAUAGAAAGUAUAUUUGCUACGAAACGCAACAUUUGUAUAUUGUGUACAUCUGAUGUCCAAUGCUCACGAGAACAAAGUUUCAUUGAUUUUAAUAAAUGUUGCUCUUGUGAAAGUACUACAAA